AUGCUCCCUCGCGGUUCCCGGCACAGGAACCGCGAGGGCAUGAAACACAGGCCCCUCUCCAUCGCCGCAGCAGUGAAGGAGUGCCGAGACCAGGCCAGCUCCCACAGUAAACUGUGCCAUGUAAGGAGGGAGAGGGGAAGAAUAGAGAGGAGGGAGAGAUGAGGGGGAGAACACAGGGAAAGGGGAGAGGGAGGGGGAGGAACACAGGGAAAGGGGAGGAGGAGCACAGGGAAAGGGGGAUGGUAGGAGACACAGGGGAAAGGGGGAGGGAGGGAGGGAGAGACACACACAGGGAAAGGGGAGGGCAGGGGAAAAGGGAGGGAGUGGGGAGAGACACAGGGAAAGGGGGAAGGGAGAGAUGGUGAGGGGGGAGAAGGGAGAGACACAGGGAAAGGGGAGGGAGAGAUGGUGAGGGGGGAGAAGGGAGAGACACAGGGAAAGGGGAGGGAGAGAAACAGGGAAAGGGGGAGGGGAGAGAUGGAAAGGGGGGAGAGAGAUGGGGAGAGACACAGGGAAAGGGGGGAGGGAGAAGGGGAGAGACACAGGGAAAGGAGGGAGGGAGAGAGAUGGGGAGGAGCCCCAUACACACACACACACACACACACCAUACACAUUUACACACUGCCCACCCACACACUGAACCUUUCACACACAUUGCACCACUUCUCCUAUACCCUACUACAGCCCCAUAUCCCAGCAGACUCCAGGUAAGUUGACGCUCCUGGCACCAUAACCACUACACAGAGGAGUAGUGGUUAUUGUGCAUGGAAUAUUUCUUUAAAUAAUCUACAAGUGCCCCUUUCAGGCUCAGGCUCUGGAUCCGCCACUAGUAUAUGACAUGUAUAUUAAUGUGUGUAUUAGUUAUAUAUAUAUAUAUAUAUAUACCUAUUAUAUUUACACAUAUUAAUGUACAUUUAUAAAUGCAUAAUACACAGAGAAAUUUCAUUAAUAUGUACCAUAUGUAAUGAGCAGAUAUUGGCCCAGUCUUGUUGUUAGGUGCAUACUCCAGCACAAUAACAUAUUUAAAGUGAAGAGCACACCCACAGGACUUCAAAAUAAAAAAAAUUUCAGUUGUGCCCUACAUAUAUUCACCAUUUCAGUCCCAUUAACAAGCUUUCCUUAAUAUGUCAAAGUAGUUGGACUGAAACACUGAUUACAUGCAAAGGCACGUCUGCUUAAAAUAAAUCUGCACUUUUGUUUAUUUUGAAGCCUAUGAGUGCGCUUUUUACGUUGAAGUACUUUUUAAUUUUAAGUUAUCUGUUCUAACUCUGUAUCUGCACACUAUGCUGACGCGACGCAUUAUGGGGCUGGUAAAUAUUUUUUUUCCAGGGCUGCUUUUAAUUCACAGUGCGGCCCUGGGGGACAGCCAGGUCUCUGUAAGUGCAAGCAGUGUGAGUGAGUCUGAGAUAAAAAAGUCGUGUAUGGUUGUUGAAUUUAAAUUACUGCAGAUGGAGCGGGCAUUCCAGAGUGCACAAUUAAUUUUGGUAAGUGAGGAUAAAGGGCAGGGUAUUGUAAUGAGGUUUGUGGGGUUGCUGGUUUUCUUAGUGUGUGUAGAGAAGCUGAAGGUCCUGGAUUGGGAGAGACAUCACCAGCUGCUAGAAGUAGGAGGAGAGAAAGUGACAGGAGGUGUGAAUGGGUUUUGUAUGCGUGGGGGGGGCCUAGGAUGAAAUCGAUUGUGGGUUGGAGUGAGAGAGUAGAAAAAUGAGUGUAAGGCAUGAGAUGAGAGAAGGGGGGAGUGUAGCAGAGAAGGGCAUAUGUAAAUGUGGAUGGGGGGGGGAUGAGUGAAGUGGGUGUAAGGAGAGAUUUUUAUACUGAGGGAGACUGAGGCAAUAAAGAGGAGAAGAAAACUGAAAAAUAAAACUUGGACGUAAUUGGAAUAUGAAGAGCAGGUGAAGGUGUUUUAUGGGUUAAGAAAGUGCAGGAGUGUACUAAUAAGAGGCAGGUUUUUUUAACCUAACUAAAAUGUAGGUGUGACAGACAAUCUAUAAAUGUAAUAAUGAGCAUGGGGGAUGGUGUGGGGAGGGGAGGGUGGGCAUCAGGCUUGCUCACUGAAGGAAUGGGCUUGCAAAGUUGGGGAAUCAGGCUGUUGAAUAAAGAGAUGUGAGGGUCAGAGAGCUUGCAAUAAAGGUAAGGGAGGGGGAAAUGUAUCUAGGUACAGAGAUGAAGAGGAAUGGGCUUGCAAAGUCUUUGAUACUUUUAUUCCUGCUAUGGUCUAUCCUAGGUGGAUUAUCCAAGUGAGUGCUCCAGACUGAAUUUGUGUAUAUAUAUAUAUAUAUAUAUAUAUAUAUAUAUAUAUAUUGCACAUACACACACACACACAAAUAUAUAUAUAUAUAAAUAAAACGUCAUGCUAAGUGUAUGUUUUUAUUAAUACAUACUUAUAUUAAUGUAAAAAUACACUUAGAGUAAAAUUACACACAUAUAUAUAUAUUGUACAUGCAUUAUAACUAAAUAAUAAAUAAAAAGUAAAAAUUACAAUAAAAUGGAAAAUAUAUAUAUGUGAUUUUAUUAUAACUGUAUUUUGAUAUAUAUAUAAAAAUACACUUAGAAUUAAAUUACACAUAUAAAUAAUUAAAAAUACAAAUUAUACAUAUGUCCAUAUACAUAAUUACAUAAAUAAUUUCACAACUAUACACAUAGACGUCAAAUAUAUAAAUAUGUAUAUUUAAAUUCUACUUGCAUAUUUAUAUAAUAUUUUUACAUAAUUAAGUAAUUUCAUUGAUUGCAAUUUGUGAGAACUGCAUGACAACCCAUGUCGAAAGUCCAGAGAAUAUCAUUUGCUAGCACUGUAUUUAACCCUGUAACUUUCCAUGACACCCUAAAACCUGUACAUGAGGGGUACUGUUUUACUCGGGAGACUUCGCUGAACACUAAUAUUAGUGUUUCAAAACAGUAAAACAUAUCACAGCGAUGAUAUUGUCAGUGAAAGUGAAACACUAAUAUUUGUGUUCAGCAAAGUCUCCCGAGUAUAACAGUACCCCCAAUGUACAGGUUUUAUACUGUUUUUGAAUGUUACAGAGUCAAAUACAAGGUUGUUUUUUCACACUAAAAUUUGCCAGAUUGGUUUUGUUGCCUUUGAUAGCGUAUGGUACCCAGGAAUGAGUAUUACCCCCAUGAUGGCAUAUCAUUUGCAAAAGAAGACAACCCAAGGUAUUGCAAAUGGGGUAUGUUCAGUCUUUUUUAGAAGCCACUUAGUCACAAACACUGGCCAAAGUUAACGUUUAUAAUUAUUUAUUUUGCAUUUUUAAAACACACAAACAAGUAUAAAUGCUAAUUUUGGCCAGUGUUUGUGACUAAGUGGCUACUAAGAAGACUGGAUACAUGCCAUAUUGAAUACCCUGGGUUGUCUACGUUUCAAAAAUAUAUGGUUUGAUGGGGGUAAAUUACAUUGGCCGGCUUCAAACAUUUCCCAAAUAGGACAUGGGUGCAUGAUGACCAGCUGUGAAAAUUCCAAGUUGGAAAAUGGAAUGCACACCCUCCAAAUAAUGUUUUUUAGUCCCCAGAGAACCUGACACACGUAUACAUGGGUGGUAUCACUGUACUCAGGAGAUGUUGCUAAACACAUGUUGGGGUGUUAUUUGGCAGUAACUCUUAAUGGUCUAAGUAAAUGUAUCCUUAAAUAAAAUAAAAAAAAAUAAAAAAAUAUUUGGCAUAGAUUGGUGGUAAAAUAGUUGCAUGAAAAAAGUCAAAAUACCCCAAGUUUAAUACCUUAGGUUGUCUUCUUUAAAAAAAUUAAAAAUAAAUAUAUAUAUGUGAAGGGUUAUUCAGGGAUUCCUGACAGAUAUCAGUGUUACAAUGUAACUUUCGUUAAUUUUGAAAAAAAAAAAUGGUUUGGAAAUAGCAAUGUGCUGCUUGUAUUUAUUGCCCUAUAACUUGCAAACAAAAGCUAAGAACAUGUUAACAUUGGGUAUUGCUAAACUCAGGACAAAACUUAGAAACUAUUUAGCAUGGGCGUGUGUUGGCAGUUGUAGAUUUGUAAAAGAAUUUUGGGGGUCAAAGUUAGAAAAAGUUUUUUUUUUUUUUUUUACAUUUUCAUCAUAUUUUAUAUUUUUUUAAAGUAAAUUAUAUGAUAUGAUGAAAAUAAUGGUGUCUUUAUAAUGACCAUUUAAUGGUCAGAAAAUGGAAUAUAAUAUGUGUGGGUACAGUAAAUGAGUAAGAGGAAAAUUACAGCUAAACACAAACUCCGCAGAAAUGUAAAAACAGCCCUGAUCCUUAACAGUAGGAAAAUUGAAAAAUGGUCUGGUCACUAAGGGGUUACAAAAAGAUAUGAGAGUUAUUUAUAGUGUCAGCAUGAAAAAGGCUUUUCUAUAGUGUGAGAUGCUGGAUGAUAAAUACAAUAUGAAUUACAGUUUCGGUAUGUCUCACAUUCACAAUACAAUAUGUUUUACUCCCACAGAAAUGCAUUGAUACCUCGUAAAAUAGUUUCCCAUAUUCGGAACAUUAUAGAAUAUCUAAUCCGUGUGAGCACUCUGAUGGCUAACAAGACAUGCGUGGUAACUAAAACAUUUCCCACAUUCAGAACAUGAGAAAGGUUUUUCUCCUGUGUGAGUUCUCUGAUGCUUCACAAGCUCUGAUUUACUGACAUAACAUUUCCUGCAUUUAGAACAUGAGUAUGUUUUCUCUUCUGUGUGAGUUUUGUGAUGGAUAACAAGGUUUGAAUGCUGGCUAAAACAUUUCCCACAUUCAGUACAUGAGAAUGGCUUCUCUCCUGUGUGAGUUCUCUGAUGGCGAAUUAGGCUUGAUUGACGACUGAAACAUGUCCCGCAUUUAGAGCAUGAGAAAGGUCUCUCUCCUGUGUGAGUUCUCUGAUGUUUCACAAGAUCUGAUUUGCUGACAAAACAUUUCCCACAUUCAGAACAUGAAAAAAUAUCCUCACCUGUGUGAAUUCGCAGAUGUUUUGUAAGAUCUGAGCGCUGGCUAAAACAUUUUACACAUUCAGAACAUGAGUAAGGUUUUUCUCCAGUGUGAGUCCUGAGGUGGACAACAAAUUUUGAAUAAUAACGAAAACAUUUCCCACAUUCAGAACAUGAGAAAUUUUUUGUUUUUUUAUUUAAUAUAUUAUUUGUAGACAUAUAGGAUCCUGAGAGAUACCUAGAUUUUUUAGAGUUAGAAGCCUUGGUUCUUUUAUUAAAAAAUUUCUUCAUGGGCUUGCUUCGUGUAUUUCUGUUCCUUUCAUGUCCUUCAGGAUCAUUUCUGCUGAUGGAAACACAUGAAAGAAAUGAAUUCUAAGUUAAAUAAAUUCUAGUGACAGGAUUUCUUUAUUGUUUAUCAUACUUAUAGAAACUGACAAUAUUUUUUUAUAAAAGAUCUGAAAUGUGUCAAUGAAAUAUAGUGUUUCAGAAGGUCAUUAACAAUAAUUUGUGUCCUCUAGUCCCCUCACUUAUAAAAAUUGUGUAUACACACUUACAUUCAUUUGCUUUGCAAAAUUUGCUGCAAGGAACACAUUCCACAUUUUUAACGUCUUUAAACAUUUUGAGAAUGACAGCCCCCACCUUCUACACAGCAGGGUGAAUUAAAUAUAAAUAAAAGUCUUCAAGGUCUACACAAGUACAUCACAAACUUGCAUGCAAGUAGUUUCACUCUUUAAUAAGAGGAAGAAAACUAAUUUGCCAGCUAACAGCCACCAACAGGCUUCUUAUAUUAAACUGCAGAGUACAAUCACAGUUUUAAUGAAGGAAGCUAAUUGAAGUUGCACAUAGGCUUAACUGCUGAUCAAGUAAAAAAUGAGCCAACAGGAAUCACUUAGCAAUAGUACAAGUUACUUGUUGCUCCCUGGUUCAGUCCAGCUAAUGCUAGCAAACAAUUUAUAGAGCAUAAUAUAUGAAUGGACACAGAUAUAAAUGCGGGUACAGAAAAUGUAAUUGGAGAAGUCUUGGAAAGACUGAACAAAUUGUAUGACCUUCAUAUGUAUGUUACACAAUACUGCAAAUAGCUUCUAGAGAGUUUUCCAUGGAAAUACAACGUAAUAUAUAGUAUAAAUUAACUACUUAAGGAGCACAUGACUAUCUAUGCCAUCAUGCAGAGCAGGGCUUUAAUGCUAUUGACAGCAUAGCCCUUAUAAAGUAUCAUUCUAUACCUAAAUGUCUCCAAUCACCUGGGUAACAAUUAGUGGCCCCAGACUAACAGAUUAAAUGUACGCAGUGCUCAGAGUGACUACUUCAUAUGGCUCUUUAAAUUGAGCAUACGGCUUGUAACAGCACCCAAGGCAUAAAAGGCACCCAAGGCCGUUUAAUAGAUCUUCCCUUCCAGAGACACAGGCACAGCUACUGCAGAACACCAAACUCCCGAACUGAAUACAAGGGAAUGCUCCAAACUCCUGAACUGGAACCUCACGAAUAGCUGCUAGCAGACGAACAGGAAAAACACUCCUGGCAAUCAGUCUCUAACAGCAUAAAGUAAAUCCCCCCAAAGACGAGACAGAGCUCCGUGUUGCGGGUCAAGCAGUGGUCGGUAUUUAUGCAGGUCUUCCACCUGGUGGACACUCCCCUAGGGGACCAGAUGGAAGACUGGGACACAAAUGGUAAAAUGACCAAUCACAGGCAUACAGGGUUAAAACACUCCCACAGUACAUUACAAUCCCUCCCCUCUAUCCUGGAGAUAAUUGGGAAGUAAUCCAAUUAUCUCCAAGGACAGAGGCAAAACUCCAUUAACCACAUGGUUACAAUAAAACACUAAAAUACAAUAAAAUACAUUUGUCACAUAAAAUAUAUACAUGUAACCCAUCCCCAGAUAGCGUGGAUUUGAGCGCACAAAAGUACAGAAUAGCGCUCAGAUCCUAUGCACACAGUCCAAUCGCCAUGGAGUCACAAAGUCUGUUCUCCAUACGAACAGACUCCACGGGAUGGCUAUCUGGGGUAUGGCUUAUUAGUGGACACAAUACCGAAUACAGGGACGUUCGUGAGUUUUUACCGAAGAAGAAGGGAAGUCGGAGGCUUCAGCGGUGUUCGUGACAAAUAGUAUCCAUUUUGAAAUCCAUGAGUUUGGGCGCUGAAACCGCUGGCUGUUCGGGACUUUAAAAUGGCCGCCGCCAUGUGUUCGGCAAGCAAACAAAGGCCACCCAGCAUUUGUCAAUUAAGCUGCGGUUAACCGCAGCUUCUGGGAGGUAAAUUGCCGACACACUCCCAAUACAGGUGGUCCAGUCAUUCGGUUGUUUGUUCGGUAGAUUGAAUCUACCGAACGCAGGGCAGAAACGCACGAACAAGCCUUUUCUGCAGGGGAAAAGAAGGCUUUUUAACAUGGGGCCAUAGUCCAAGGGCAACAGGCGAGCAACCAGGCUUCUCCAAUGCUUCGUGGCGAGGUUGGUUUCGCCACAUGGCUUUUUAAAAUUAAAAACACGGCUUGAAAUUCUGGUGUGAGCAGGGUUGAUACCUUGCUCAUACCCAGAGACUCUGUAUCAAUUGAUACCUAGUGCUCCCCUCUGUCAUAUUUAGCGGCCCCAGACCAACCGAUAAGCUGUGUGAACUUCAAAUUGAGCGAUGCAGUCAGUCCUUUAAAUCCCUUGAAUUGUUUUAAAUCCUUUGAUUCUAUAGUUGCAAACUAACCAAGGGAGACCCCCCAUGUCUGAAAUGACUGUCAGGGUCCUCCAGCAUCCCCCCGGCUACUAUGACGGGUGCUGGACUUUGUAGUGUGAUUAGCAGGAACUGCAAGCCAAAGUUUCAGCAAUGUAGGAAAAUAUGGAGAGCAAAAAAAACUGGUCGCAAGAGUAUUCUGAGAACGGACAGCAACUGAAAUAGCUUGCCCGUCGGUGGGUCCCCGCUCAGAACUCAAGCUGGUUUUAGCUCAUCUUGUGCCAUUACAGAGAGAACAUAUCUGAAGCAUAUCAGACUGGUCCCACCCAUACGGGCAGUCCAGAUUCAAAAUGCCAGCAAGUUCCCUCUGCACGAGAGACACAGCAAUGCAGUCUGGAUUACCCUUUAAACUUGUGGAGAGUAAAAAACGGGUCGCAAGAGAAUACUUUACUACCUGAGUCCUCGGUAAAACGUUUACCAAUUAGAUGUGUGGGCUGCAGCCAGCAGGGUUCCAUGACAAGGCAGUUACUUCCUGCUCUUUACUGUCACACGCUGGUGAACAGGAGAUGGAGGAUGCCUGGAGCAGAAUCUCAUGGACAUAGAGUCUCAUGGACAGAGAUGAAAGAAGGCCUAGAGAAGGAAGAUGAUUCAGGUUGGAGAAAAUCUGAUUUGGAGAAGAACAAGGGAUAGUUCAUAAGAAGGGUAAUCUGUAAUGAAGGGGUGACAUCUUAAGGAACAUACAAUGGAGGUAUUUGUAAUAGAGGGGUGGAGAGAUGUGUAAUAGAGGGACAGAGAGCGGUGUAGUGGAGGGGCAGGGAUAUGUGUAAUGAAGGGACAGAGCUUCGUAAUGGACUGUGAAAUUUUGACAAAAGGGCAAGAGGUAUGAUGGUAAUGUAAACAGGAUAUUGAAUAGGAGAGCAACUUGUGAAGACAGAACAGAGAGGAUGUUUGUAAUGGAGGAGCCUGGAAAGGUAGGGAACAGGAAGGGAGCUCUACUAUCAGAUGGGGGUAAAAUAGUUGGAGGAGCUCCUUGUGGAAUGUAGUGAUGUGUGGCAAUGGGUUUACAUAACAAGUGAGUGGGUUAGGGUGGAGAUGGUUAGUAAUAGUAACAGGAGCAAAUGUACAUAACCUAUUUCUGAAUGGAUAAUGGAAGAAAUUGCUGGUGUGGAUGAGUGGAGGGGAAGUAGUGACUGUUUUGUAAAUGGGUGGUGGGAGAGAAAUGGCUGGUGCGUGUAUGCAUGUGGGGUAUAAGUGGCAGUGUGUGGAUGAGUGGAGGGGAAGUAGUGACUGGUUUGUAAAUGGGUGGUGGGAGAGAAAUGGCUGGUGCGUGUAUGCAUGUGGGGUAUAAGUGGCAGUGUGUGGAUGAGUGGAGGGGAAGUAGUGACUGUUUUGUAAAUGGGUGGUGGGAGAGAAAUGGCUGGUGCGUGUAUGCAUGUGGGGUAUAAGUGGCAGUGUGUGGAUGAGUGGAGGGGAAGUAGUGACUGGUUUGUAAAUGGGUGGUGGGAGAGAAAUGGCUGGUGCGUGUAUGCAUGUGGGGUAUAAGUGGCAGUGUGUGGAUGAGUGGAGGGGAAGUAGUGACUGUUUUGUAAAUGGGUGGUGGGAGAGAAAUGGCUGGUGCGUGUAUGCAUGUGGGGUAUAAGUCGCAGUGUGUGGAUGGGUGGUAAGAUAGAAGUGGGUGGUGUGUGGAUGGGUGAUAGGAUAGAAGUGGGUGGUAAGUGGAAGGGAAGAUGUGACAUGUAUGUAGUGUGUGGCGAAAGUGACCUCGCCACUGGUUUUUGGAGGAGCCUGGUUGCCAGCCUCUUGCCACAGGACUAUGGCCCCUGAGGUUAUUGCCCUUUUGAAACGUUAUUUGGGCAUAUUGGAUUUGUUUACACUUUUUCUGCCUCUUUGAUUCCAUGGGAGAAUGUGCCUCUUCCCCUCCCCUGUUUUCCUGUCCCAUUGUUUUCCAGCAGGGCGUUGUCCCAGGGACACUGCCAGACCAGUUAAAACUGGCUGCUUUGUCCCUCCUCGGUCUCAUCAGCCCUUGAUAAACUUUAACCCCAUGGUGAUUAUAUUCUGUUCGUAGAAUCUGAGCGCUGUUCAGAUAUAUUGAGCGCUCAGAUGCAAGCUAUCUGGGGAUAGGUUGAAUGUGGGGGUUCUGUUCAGUGUAAUAGGAAUUAUGUAUUUUUAGGUAUUUGUACUGUUGUUGUAGUAAAUGGAGAUAUUACCUUUACCUGGAGAUAAUGAAGUUACCACACCCACUUAAGCCAAUUAUCUACAGGACCUGCUGCACAGCCUAAAUCUGUGGAACUGUUUUGGGCAGGAAAGCCAUGCUUGCAGUCGGUCAAAUAGGACUUCCACCUAACUUUUGAACCACUGGACCAAUUUGUAUGAUUUUGACAUAUGUUUGUAUACUGCUUAUGCUGAUUCAGAAUAUGUAAUUCUAUGGAAUUUUAUGGAAAUUGCACGUAUGGUUUGGAAGUUAUGAAUAUUGUGUAAAACUGUGAUAAAUAAGUUAACCAAUUGUAUGUAGUAAUUAUAUCACAGACAGAGGGGAGGGUUUGUGUGUCCUAGCUGGGAGUGUCUGACUGUAUUGUAUUGUGUUUGAUUGGCUGUUCCACAAGACCAUGUGGGUGGUAACCUUGUGUAAAAUCUUGCAUGAAAGAAAGUCUUUUGGUGCUUAUUAAACAGAUCAUCUUGUACCUUCAUGAAGUUUUGGCUCAUGUUGGAGGAUUGGAGAAUUACACUCUGGGGAUUGCUGUAAUCACUAUACUCCCCAAGGUAUAAUCACUAAGCUCUUUUAAGAGCUUUUUCCUGCUCUCUGGAAUUCGGAGAGGUCGACCUACUGGAAGCUGGACCCUGGUCUUGGGUCCAGAGUGGGUGGAGACGGCGAGACCCCAACCAAGAGGCGGCGGUUCGUGGGGUCUGCAGUGGUUAUGGUGUCAGAUGGAGUGCUUGAAGCCCUCGGAAAGCACUAAGAGCAUUCGUCAGCGGAAGGUACCCGGUCGGGGUGCCAGCAGUUCUGUUACAGUGUGUAUAAGUGUUCAGAUAGUGCAGCAAAUGUUAUGUGAAUGACUGGUUGGAGGAGCAGUGACUGGUCUGUGGGUGGUUAGUAGGUUUCUUUAAGGUAAGAAAAAUAAUAACCUUAGACGCAAAGCCGAGUGCUUCGGAAGAAACAUGAUCUGAGAAGAAAUUUAUAGGUAAAACGGAGAUCUGAGAAGGAAAUGGAAGAAGAAUUGAAUUAACAAAUAUUUAAAAAGAUAAGAUGAAUUGUUUCUGGAGUCUUUAUUGGUAAAAGCGGAAACUGCCAAAAAUUAACAAACUAAUUUCAAAUGUUAAAAAAGUCUGAAAAAAAUAAAUAAAUUCACAGUGAAAAUCAUGCAAGUUGCCUGAAGAGAUUGCCAUUUUUUUUUUUUUUUUAUUAUGUUAUUCCAAUCUCUUUAUUUUGGGAAACAACAAGAAUAGGAAGUUUUAAAUGGCAGGAAGUAUUAGAUCAGGGGUGUGGCCAGAGAGGGGCGCUGUGAAUAUUUUUCGCACAGGUCUAAGGUCGGCAUUGAGUGUUCAGGUGGGUAAGUAAUUCACUUUUUUAAAACAUGUUUAAAUGUGCAAUUGUUCACUUUUCCUACUGAAAACAGAAAUUUUUACUUCCCGUAAAUUAUUUUUUUCUUAAUAUGAUGGCAGUACCAACAGGUUUUGCUCCCUUCCUGUGGACAAGUAUCUAGCAAGAUUAAUUAUAGUCAAGAUAAACCCUCCCCCUUGCCCUAUAAACGGCAGAACUGCAAACCCUACCCCAGUAAGUAGCAAGAAAAAACACACAGACAAACUUAUACUGCAAUAUCAAACAUUUUUAAUAUAGAGGGAAGGAAGCCGUACUGCCACCAUAUUAAGAAAAAAAAAGAAUUUACGGUAAGUAAAAAUUUCAGUUUUUUCUGUCAUACGGUGGCAGUACCAACGGGAUAUAGCAAGAUCCCCAUCAGGCUAGGACUUAUGCCACAACAGCUUGUAACACCUAACGCCCAAACGCAGCUUCAGAGGAAGAGAAUAUGUCUAGCCUUUAGUGCUUGAUGAAAGUGUUAAAGGAAGACCAAGAUGCAGCUUUACAGAUGUCCUCUGGAGAAGCAAGCGCCCUUUCUGCCCACGAGGUAGCCAUAGCACGGGUGGAAUGGGCCUUGAGAGCAACUGGAACCUGGAAACCUCCUGUAGAAGAUGUCAAACUUAUAGCCUGAAUGAGCCAACGAGAUAAGGAGUUGCGGGAAGCUUCUUCACCCUUGAAUUUGCCCUGAAAAUUAAUAAACAGGUGGUCUGAAAUCCUAUAUUCUUUAGAUCUGGCAAGGUAAAGAAGUAAAGCUCUUCUAACGUCGAACAUAUGCCAUUUAAGUUCUUGGGGAGAGGAGGCAUCACUACAAAAUAUUUGGCUGAUUAAUGGUCUUCGAGGACAGGACCUUAGGCAAAAAGGAAGGUUUAGGAUGAAGGACCACCUUGUCUUUGUGGAAAACUGUAAAGUCAUCCGAGGAGGACAGAGCUCGAAGCUCUCCAACUCUUUUGGCUGAUGUGAUGGCCACAGGAGGGAAACACGGAUCUCUUAGGAGGACGUCUGAGUCUGAUGGACCUAAAAAAUCUUCUAAGUAGAACAUGGGAUGCCAAAUCCUUAAUCAUGAAGAAACUUAAGGCCGAUGUCUGAACUUUAAGAGUAGACACACCCAGACCAGCUGAAAACCCAUCAAGUAAGAAAUGAAGAAUCUCCCCCACCUCUUUAAAAAUAUGCCAUUGUGUUAUAAUAAGUCACUGUAUGUUGCCUGCUAUGAUUUGACUGUUUGUAAUUUUAUUGAGUGUUCACAGCAAUGUUAAUGUAAUGACCAUAUGGGCUAGUCCCAAGGAAAAUGUUUUAGACAGUUCUACUUCACCCUCAAUCUGCCAGUCUCUUAUUGGGGGAGUCUGCUACAAGGGAUUGCUAUGCUCUGCAUAUUCCCUUGCUAUAAUCACUGAGCUCUUGUAAGAGCUUGUUCCUGUCUUGCUCUCUGAAGGAGUCUACGGUGGUUAUGGUGUUGGAUGAAGUGCUUGGAGCCCUCAGGAAGCGCUAGGAGCAUCAUUUAACGGAGGUACCCAGUCGGGGUGCCAGGUGAUCCAUUACAACCAUCAGCCUGUGUGUCUCACCUCAAGAUGCUGUGUCCGUCCCUCUCGGGACAAGAAAGGAAACUGGGGUAGGUUUUGCAGUUCUGCCGUUUAUAGAAGGAGGAGGGUUUAUCUUGACUAUAAUUAAUCUUGCUAGAUACUUGUCCACAGGAAGGGAGCAAAACCCGUUGGUACUGCCACCAUGACAGAAAAAAUAAUAAUUUUUAAACUGAAACGUUACAAAUAAAGUGCUGACUAUUUAUAUAGUGAUUUUUGUUUUGCUAGUAACAAGCAACAUACACCAAAAUGUAUCUAAACACUUGAGUACAAGCCCCCCUGCACAGAAUAUAUGUGAUAUACACAGUAAAUCAAAUUAGAGAGCUAACUACUAAUCAUCUGAAUGAUCAAAAUUAAGAAAAAAAAAAAAUUCUUAAUUUUUGGCCUUUCAGCUGCUUAGUAAAUAUAAUUUGUACGCUUAUGUGGCAUUAACAUAUUUACCCUCAUAAAAAUAAGGAGCUUUCUAUUAAAGGAACACUAUAGGGUCAGAAACACAAACAUUUAUUCCUGCACCUAAUGUGUUAAAAAUACAAAUCUAGCCCUUAUGGCCCCCUUGCCCUCCCUAAAUAUAGUAAAAUCAUACCUUUAACCCAGGAAACAGAUUAGGGGCAGAAUUAGCACAUGCCAAAUACAGCCCUGACCAAUCAGCAUCUCCUCAUACAUAUACAUUGAAUUAAUGCAUCUUUAUGAGGAAAUUCAGUGUCUCCAUGCAGAGAGUGGAGACACUGAAUGUCAGUCACACUGUGCAGCACUGCCCCAGGAAGCACCUCUAGCAGCCAUCUAAGGAGUGGCCAGUGGAGUUAUCACAAGGCUGUAAUGUAAACACUUAAUUUUCUCUAAAAAGAUAGUGUCUACUGCAAAAAGCCUGAAUAGACAGACUAUACUAACCAGAACAAAUACAAUAAGCUGUAGUUGUUACGGUGAUUACAGUGUUCCUUUAAAUACAACAGCUACUUAAUUUGUUAAGCUGGUUCCCUUAUUUACCACUAUGUCUUAAAUCAUAGAACUUAGCAGGGCUAACCAUACAGAUAUCUUAGCCAUAAUUUUAUAUAGUUAAAUAGAGAAACUGCUAUGUUUAUACUGAGGGUUAAUCCAGCCUCCAGAGCCUCUAGUGGCUGUCUCAUUGACAGCCGCUAGAGGCGCUUGCGUGCUUCUCACUGUGAAAAUCACAGUGAGAGCACGCAAGCGUCCAUAGGAAAGCAUUGUAAAUGCUUUCCUGUGCGACCGGCUGAAUGCGCGCGCGGCUCCUGCCGCGCAUGCGCAUUCAGCCGAUGACGUCGCGAGCAAGGAGGAGAGGAGGAGUACUGGAGAAAGGUAAGUGUUUAACCCCUUCCUCUCUCCAGAGCCCGGCGGGAGGGGGACCCUGAGGGUGGGGGCACCCUCAGGGCACUAUAGUGCCAGGAAAACGAGUAUGUUUUCCUGGCACUAUAGUGGUCCUUUAACUUGGCAAAAAUACAAGGCCAUAACUAAAACGUAAGAGUGUACACGUCAUGGGAAAUUCCCUGACUUAGGACAAGAUGGCAUCUUAAAAUCUGAACAUCUUGAUCUAUUUAGGGUUACCGCAGUAUAUUAUGUACUGAAAGAGUCGUAGCAUAGCCUUGAAGCUUGUUUAUGCAUUAUUGUUAUUGUAUUUUGUCUGGGACAAAAUGGCGCAAACAUAUUAUGCACUGAAAGUAGGUAAAAGGUUAUUGCUUAAAGAAACAUUGUAUGAAAAACAAUAUGUUCCAUUUCCAACACUUUGUCAGUUUGCAAUAUCUUUUAAAAAGACAAAGUACAGUACACACAGUUUAAGAAAUACAAUAUUUGCAUUUGUCCAUAACAUUGUUAUUCUUAAAUAUUGCAAUCCCACAUAAGAGUACUGAUUUAAUGAAUUUAGAGGAAUAAACAUAUUGUGAAUGGAAAAAUUCAUUUCAUUGCACUGUUCACAGAUUCAGAAUUCAAAUUGCAAUUCUUCAGAAAAUGAAUGCCCAAAUCUAAUAAAAUAUACCUUAUUAAACAUAUGUUCUCUCUCUCUCCAAAUAAACCACUGAACAUAUUUCUUUCCCUCUAUCAUUUCUUAAGUAAUACAACCCUAAUUAAUCUAAUUGUCUGAUUAGUGGCAGCAUUACAUUGAUGAACAAGUAUCAUAAAUCAGGACACUCCCUCCCCCUCUCUCCAUGUUUCCUCCUUCUCACCUAUCUCUCCAUGUUCCCCCUCUCUCUCUCUCUCUCUCUCUCUCUCCUCUCUCCCCCCCUCUCUCUCUCUGUCCCCCCUCUCUCUCCUCUCUCUCCUCUCUUCCCUCUCUCUCUCUCCAUCUUCCCCUCUCUCUCUCUCCAUGUUCCCUCUCUCUCUCCUCCUCUCUCUCUCCAUCUUCCCUCUCUCUCCAUGUUUCCUUCUCUCUCUCCCCAUGUCCCCCCUCUCUCCAUGUUCCCCCCCUCUCUCUCUCUCUCUCUCUCAUAAUGAUGCCUCUCUCUCUCUCCCGCCUCUCUCUCUCUCUCUCUCUCUCCUCCAUGUUCCCCCCUCUCUCUCUCUCUCCAUUGCUCUCUCUCUCUCUCUCUCUCUCUCUCUCCAUGUUCCCUCUCUCUCUCUCCCAUGUUCCCCCCCUCUCUCUCUCUCUCUCUCUCUCUCUCCCCUCCAUGUUCCCCCCCCUCUCUCUCUCUCUCUCUCUCUCUCUCUCCAUGUUUCCCCCCCUCUCUCUCUCUCUCUCCAUGUUUCCCCCCCUCUCUCUCUCUCUCUCCCCAUGUUCCUCCCCUCUCUCUCUCUCUCCCCAUGUUCCCUCCCCCUCUCUCUCUCUCUCCUCCCUCCAUGUUUCCCCCCCCUCUCUCUCUCUCUCUCUCUCCAUGUUUCCUCUCUCUCUCUCUCAUGUUUCCACUUCCCCCCUCUCUCUCUCCAUGAACACCCCUCUCUCUCUCUCUCUCUCUCUCUCUCUCUCUUCCCCCCCCUCUCUCUCUCUUCCCCCUCUCUCUCUCUCUUUCCCCUCUCUCUCUCUCUUUCCCCUCUCUCUCUCUCUUUCCCCUCUCUCCAUGUUCCCCUCUCUCUCUCUCCCUCUCUCUCUCUCUCCCCAUGUUAAUGUAAUUGACUGAUUAGUGAUAUUAUUAUCGCUCUGGAUCCAGGAAUAUCCCAAUAAACACAAUGAACCCCGGACUCACCCUCCGCUCCCAGCAGCCCUGCUCUGCAGAGUAGAGAUUUAAGUUUACGAGAAAGAAAGAAUGGAUUAGCUGAGAAAAGAAAUCCUCCAGGCGCUGUAGGUGAGGGCAAAUUAAUUGUAUAGUUUAGCCUCACACAUCAGGAUCAGGGUAAGUGACGUCACUUCCGUUGUUCAAUUGAUCUGAAGCUCAGUGUUGGCAUAGCUGUCAUUCAGCUCACUCAGUGCAGAGCAGGGCUGCUGGGAGCGGAGGGUGAGUCCGGGGUUCAUUGUGUUUAUUGGGAUAUUCCUGGAUCCAGAGCGAUAAUAAUAUCACUAAUCAGUCAAUUACAUUAACAUGGGGAGAGAGAGAGAGAGAGAGAGGGGAACAUGGAGAGAGAGAGAGGAAAAUGGUGAGGGAGAGAGAGGGGAACAUGGAGAGAGAGAGAGAGGGGGGAAACAUGGAGAGAGAGAGAGAGGAACAUGGAGAGAGAGAGAGAGAGAGAGGGGUGGACAUGGAGAGAGAGGUAACAUGAGGAGAGAGAGAGGGAAACAUGGAGGAGGGAGAGAGAGAGAGGAAACAUGGAGAGAGAGAGAGAGGAACAUGAGAGAAGAGAGGGGAGAGAGAGAGGGGGACAUGGAGAGAGAGAGAGAGGGAACAUGGAGAGAGAGAGGGAACAUGGAGAGAGAGAGAGAGAGGGGGGACAUGGAGAGAGAGAGAGGGGGAACAUGGGGGGAGAGAGAGAGAGAGGAACAUGGAGAGAGAGAGAGUGGGGGGGGAACAUGGAGAGAGAGAGAGGGGGGAACAUGGAGAGAGAGAGAGAGGGGGAACAUGGAGAGAGAGGGAGGAACAUGGAGAGAGAGGGGGGACAUGGAGAGAGAGGGAGGAAGGGGAACAUGGAGAGGGAGAGAAUGAGAGGGGGGAACAUGGAGAGAGAGGGAGGGGAACAUGGAGAGGGAGAGAGAGGGGAACAUGGAGAGAGAGAGGGGAACAUGGAGAGAGAGAGGGGAACAUGGAGAGAGAGAGAGGGGAACAAGGAGAGAGAGAGAGAGAGAGGGGAACAUGGAGAGAGAGAGAGAGAGGGAAACAUGGAGAGAGAGAGAGAGGAGGGAAACAAGGGAGAGAGAGAGAGAGAGGGACCAUGGAGAGAGAGAGAGAGAGGAACAGGAGAGAGAGAGAGGGGAACACAUGGAGAGAGAGAGGGAACAUAGAGAGAGAUCAUGGAGAGAGAGAGAGAGAGAGAGGGAACAUGGAGAGAGAGGAACAUAGGAGAGAGAGAGGAAGAGGGCAAACAUAGAGAGAGAGAGAGAGGGGAAACAUAGAGAGAGAGAGAGAGGGGAACAUAGAGAGAGGAGGGGGGGAAACAUAGAGAGAGAGAGGGAAACAUGGAGAGAGAGAGGGAACAUGGAGAGAGAGAGGGAACAUGGAGAGAGAGAGGGUGGUCAUAGAGAGAGAGAGAGGAGAGAGAGAGAGAGAGGGGAAACAUAGAGAGAGAGGAGGGAACACUGAGAGAGAGAGGAGGGAACACUGAGAGAGAGAGGAGGGAACACUGAGAGAGAGAGGAGGGAACACUGAGAGAGAGAGGAGGGAACACUGAGAGAGAGAGGAGGGAACACGGAGAGAGAGAGAAGGAAACACGGAGAGAGAGAGAGGGGAACACGGAGAGAGAGAGAGGGGAACAUGGAGAGAGAGAGAGGGGAACACGGAGAGAGAGAGAGGGGAACAUGGAGAGAGAGAGAGAGAGGGGAACAUGGGGAGAGAGAGAGGGGAACAUGGGGAAAGAGGGGGAGAGAGAGGGGGGAGAGAGAGAGGGGAAUAUGGGGGGAGAGAGAGGGGAGAGAGGGGGGGAAUAUGGGGAGAGAGAGAGGGGAAUAUGGGGAGAGGAGAGGGGGGGGAGAGAGGGGGAAUAUGGGGGGAGAGAGAGGGGAAACAUGGAGAGAGAGGGGAACGGGGGAGAGAGAGAGAGAGGGAACGGGGGGGGAGAGAGAGAGAGAGGGAACGUGGGGGAGAGAGAGAGAGAGAGAGAGGGGGAACGGGGAGAGAGAGGGGGAACGAGAGAGGGGGAACUUUGGGGUAGAGAGAGAGAGAGGGAAACGGGGGAGAGAGAGAGAUGGGAGAGAGAGAGGGGGAGAGAGUGGGGGAACGGGGGGGGAGAGAGAGAGGGGAACGUGGGGGAGAGAGGAGAGGGGGAACAUAGAGAGGGGGAGAGAGAGAGAGGGGGAACAUAGAGAGAGGGGGAACAUAGAGGGGGAACAUGGGGGGAGAGAGAGAGGGGGGGAACAUGGGGAGAGAGGGGGGAGGAAGGAGAGGGGGGACAUGGAGAAGGGGGAACAAUACCUUGGAUUGUCUACUAUUGCAAAUGGUAUGCCAUCAUGGUGGUGAUUUUCAUUCUUGGGCUACCAUACGGUCUCAAAGGCAACAUAACCAAUCUGGCAAAUUUCAAUGUGAAAAAACUGAAAUGCAAAUAUAAGUGUUUCAAAAUAGUAAAAUGUAUCACCACAAUUAUUGUCAGUGUAAGUGCCAUUUGUGUGUGAAAAAUGCAAACAAUUUCACUUUCACUUACGAUAUCAUCGUUGUAAUACAUUUUACUGUUUUGGAACACUAAUAUUUCUGUUCAGCGAGGUUUUCUGAGUAAAACAGUACCCCCCCCAUGUACAGGUUUUAUGGUGUCUUGGAAAGUUACAGAGAUAAAUAUAGUUCUUGCAAAUUAAAUUCGCUGCACUUUCUGCCUCGGUUGUCAUGUCAGUCAAACUUUAAGUAAUAAAAUCACGUAAUUAUGCUAGUAGAUUACAUAAAUAUAUACACGUAGAAUUUUCCCUGCUGGCAGAUCCACAGCCAGCUAUAGGGGGGCCAUGUGAUUGCUCUUUGAGAUUUAACGUGGGAGGGUCGCCUGGGCUGUCAGGCAGUCCUCUUGAAGUGGAUUGCCGGGAAGGUAAGUAUUCCUGAGGCUCCAGGGCAGAAAGCCGUUACGGCGUUCUAUGCUUUAAAUCCCAUUUAAAUGGGGACAGCAUAGAAUGCCGUAACAGCGUUAAGGGGUUAAAUAAAAUACUUGACAAACGCCGAAAUGUUGCUGCUUUUUCUGUUUUAAAAUAGCUGCCAUCUGUGAUAUGCAAAGUGCCACCUGAUUUAUUUUUGUCUACUAUAUUGAAGUUUGCUAGCCCUGGAGCACCUGGAUUCUGAGGCGAGGUGCGGUGUCCUACUGUUUGUGUAAAUUAAAUAAAAUGCUUGGCUGCGCUAGCAGAAUUGCUAGUAAAUACAUAGACUUAAAGAAAAAACACCAUUCUUAUAGAUACAGAUGGAGGGUUGUUGCACUGUCUGCCGAUAUUUGGCAGACGGUGUCUCCAUAUAUCCACAAUAUCUCACAAAUGUGAGUACACCCCUCACAUUUUUGUAAAAAUGUUAUAUCUUUUCAUGUGACAACACUGUGCCAAGAAAUGUCACUCUGCUGCAAUGUAAUGUAGUAAGUGUACAGCCUGUAUAACAGUGUAAUUUUGCUGUCUCCUCAAAAUAACUCUAAACACAGCCAAUAAUGUCUAAACUGUUGGCAUCAAAAGUGAGUACAUCCCUAAGUAUAAAUGUCCAAAUUGGGCCUAAUUAGCAAUUUUCCCUCCCCGGAGUCAUGUGACUCGUUAGCGUUACAAGGUCUUAGGUGUGAAUGGGGAGCAGGUGUGUUAAAUUUGGUGUUAUCGCUCUCUUACUCUCUUAUACUGGUCACUGGAAGUUCUACAUGGCUCCUCAUGACAAAGAACUCUCUUAGGAUCUAAAAAAAUGAAUUGUUGCUCUACAUAAAGCAGGGCUUUGACAAAUUUGUUUGGAAUCUAGGAGCCAGCAAAACAAGUUAGGAGCCUGUCAUUUUCAACGAGAAAAUGCAAUUCCUAAAGGGACACUAUAGUCACCAGAACCACUACAGCUUGAUGUAGUUGUUCUGGUGUCUAUAGCCUGUCCCAUGCAGCACCCAGGUUCAGUAUCUCCAAGCUCUGCAUGGAGGUGCCAAAUGUUCCUCGUAGAGAUUCAUUAAUUUAAUGCAUCUCUAUGAGGAGAUGAGGGUUGGUACAUUUGCUGCGCAUGCACAAUCCUCCCAAUGCUUUCCUAGGGGAAAGCAUUGGCUUAGCUGAGAUCAUAAAGAUCAUGGGGAAACUGGCACGGCGUAAGAAAAUGGGGGAAAAAAGGCGAGUAAAAACUAUCGGAGGGGGCAGGUACCUAAACGCGCACACACACUGACAAGCUCACAUACACACUCACGCUGACAACAAGCUUGCACACACAAACUCUUGACAGGCUCACGCACACACUCUGACAGACUUAAACACAGACACACAUAAGCGUUAACACACACAUUCUGAGAGGCUUGCACACACACGCACACACACACACACACACACUAACAGGCUCUCACACACACAUUUUUGUUUGAAUUGAAACCCACUCAGCUUCCCUACCUUUGGGAGAGCUGAGUGGGUCUUUCCUGGGGUCCAGUGGAUCUGCGCUCAUCCUGCGUGCGAGGGAGCAGUACUCUGCUUGUAGCUCCUCUCUGAUACUGGGGCCAGAAUGACAUCACGCGCUGUCCACAAUGCUCCCGCGGGCGGCCGCCUACCUCCAUUCUCCCGCGGGCGGCCGCCUACCUUCAUGCUCCCACUGGCGGCCGCCUGCAAUAUUACCUGUGACGGCCGCGGCCACACUAAGUAGAGAGCUGGCACAUCCCAGGCGCCAGGGCGAAAUUUUUAGUCGACAUGGCGACCUGGCGUUUGGGAUUUGUCGAGCCCUGACAUGAAGAUUGCCAAGACCCUGAAACUGCAGCAUGGUGGGCAAGACCAUACAGCGAUUGCACAGGACAGGUUCCACAACAGGCCUCGCCAUGGUUGACCAAAGAAGUUGAGUGCACGUGCUCAGAAUCAUAUCCAGAGGUUGUCUUUGGGAAAUAGACAUAUGAGUGCUGCCAGCAUUGCUGCAGAGGUUGAAGGGAUGGGGGUGUCAACCUGUCAGUGCUCAGACCAUACACCACACACUGCUUCAAAUUGGUCUACUAAAGGCGAUGCACAAGAAAGUCCGCAAACAAUUUGCUGAAGACAAUCAGACUAAGGACAUGGAUUACUGGAACCAUGUCCUGUGGUCCGAUGAGACCAAGAUAAACUUAUUUGGUUCAGAUGGUGUCAAGUGUGUGUGGUGGCAACCAGGUGAGGAGUACAAAGACAAGUGUGAUUUGCCUACAGUAAAGCAUGGUGGUGGGAGUGUCAUGGUCUGGACCUGCAUGAGUGCUGCCGGCACUGGGGAGCUACAGUUCGUUGAGGGAACCAUGAAUGCCAACAUGUACUGUGAAGCAGAGCAUGACCCCUCCUUUCGGAGACUGGGCCGCAGGGCAGUAUUCCAACAUGACAACGACCCCAAACACACUUCCAAGACAACCACUGCCUUGCUAAAGAAGCUGAAGGUCAAGGUGAUGGACUGGCCAAUCAUGUCUCCAGACCUAAACCCUAUUGAGUAUCUGUGGGGCAUCCUCAAACGGAAGGUGGGGGAGCGCAAGGUCUCUAUCAUCCACCAGCUCUGUGAUGUCGUCAUGGAGGAGUGGAAGAGGACUCCAGCGGCAACCUGUGAAGCUCUGGUGAACUCCAUGCCCAUCAGGUUUAAGGCAGUGCUGGAAAAUAAUUGUGGCCACACAAAAUAUUGACACUUUGGGUCCAAUUUGGACAUUUCCACUUAGGGGUGUACUUGAUUUUGUUGCCAAUGGUUUAGACAUUAUUGGCUGUAUGUUGUUAUUUUGAGGGGACAACACAGUUACACUUUUACACAGGCUGUAAACAUACUACUUUACAGUGUAGCAGAUUGUCAUUUCUUCAGUCUUGUCGCAUGAAAAGCUAAAGUAUUAACAAAAAUGUGAGGGGUGUGCUCACUUUUGUGAGAUUCUGUAUAUAGAUUAGACUAAAAAGGAGCUAAUGUCCAAUAGGGAACGCAUUGGAUUUGCUGAAAUCGGCAAGGAGGCGGGAUGGGGCUGUGCCAAACACAGUUUUGGGCAAUCGGCAUCUCUUCAUAGAGAUGCAUUGAAUCAAAAGUGUGGAGAUGCUGAACAGCAGUGAUGCCUACUAUGCAGCACUCCCCCAGGAAGCACCUCCAGUGGCCAUCUGAGGAUUGGCCACUUAAGGUGACCCUGGGGGCAAUGUAAACAUUAUCUUUUUUUCAUAGAAAAUGCAAUUAUUUUACUUACCAGAUAAAUACAUUAAGCUGUAGUUGCUCUGGUGACUAUAGUGUCCCUUUAAGCAAUAUUAUCUACUUAAAUAGAUGUUAUGGCUUUAUGGGACUGGUUCACUUAAAGUGUCAUUGCUGUUUUUUAUUUUUACUUCUGAAAACUUAGCUGAACAUGUCACCAAGAUUUUUAAUUUUCAUAUACAUCUUUUGAAAUUUCUAGGCAAGUUCUUGUUAUAAAUCACUGACGCUUGUUCUCUUUUUUCCCCACUGAAUCCCUUUCCUAACAAGACAUCACUUUCCGGAACAGAGGUCGGCAACCCUCAGAGAUGGGCACGUGUCUUUCUACCACCAUGGAUUUUCCAUUUCACAUUCACAUACAAUCUUUAAUUUCUCAUUGGCGUAAGCCUCUCAGUGUCUAAUUUCAGAGGUAAUAAUGCCUUGAAAUGAUCUAGAAUGUUGCAAUAUACAGUAUGAUGGUAGUCUUUAUUUGUUUAUUCAGUAAACUAGAAAUUCAAAGAUAAUUUCAAAUUAUUGACCAAAACAAGGAAAACCUUUACUUACCAUGAACUAUUCUCCGACUACUUCUCCGAUCACUGGAUAUGCAUCUGGGCACAGGACUGAUGAUUGGGUUGUUGGUUAUAGCUUAAAGGCAUCAUAGAAUGAUGAGGGUAGCUAGGGAACAAUAUAUAAGGAAAAGAGGAGAUUAUAGGUAAAGUACUAGUAAUAUUUACUAUAAUCCUAGUAUAGAGGGUCUUCAGGUUAUGACACAAUAACAGAGAGAGACAUGUUCUAUGGUGAAGUAUGUUACCAACUGAUAUGGCAAUAACAAGAGUAGGUAUUUCACUUGUGUGUAUGAGACAAAUGUUGGCUCUCUUGUAUAGGCAUAGAGUGGUACAAUAUCCUCACUCUGGGAUUCUGCAGAUGUAUGUGGACAGUCAUGGUAAAUACAAAAUGUGAAAAUAGAAUCCUGCUUACAAUUUUGUCAGCAAUAUGAAAUUGCUCAAUCACACAGUGUUCAGGUGGUAGAAAUCCCCUACAGGAUAUAUAGUCUUUGCAGCAGGAAGACUGCAGAGCUCAAGGUUAAGUAAGAAAAUCAAUUUAAUGAAAUUAAAAACCUAACAGUAAAACACUAACGUGAUUCACUAACAGUAGGGGGCUUUAUCAUAGUGUUACCAUGAUGCUGGAGAUGAUUGUAUUUUAAUAGAAUAAAAACAUUUUAAAUUUGUGGAUAAGUUACAUCAGCAUCACAUGAUCUGUACAUCAUAAUUUCAUCGAUCACAUGGCCUGGAGGUCUGGACCAAUAGGAAGUGCUUUUUUGUUAAAAAAGUUGCAGACUCCGAUCAUGUGAUCGGCGGCAUAGACAGGGGUUUGGGGAGCAAAAUUUAUUUAUUUGGCCUGACUUGUUCAUAUUAACAAUUUCAUUGAUAUCUAAUUCUUUUGUUGUUUUUGGCUGCACAGGAUAACACCAUGCCAGUCAGGCAGUAUUUCUAUCUAAUUCUACUCUUCAGCUGGCAGUAUCCUGUCUUGGCUGAUUUGGUUGCGUAUGAUUACUGUGUGGUUGGAGCCGGCCCUGGCGGACUCCAGUUUGCAAGAUUCCUGGAGGAUUCAGGGAGAAAUUAUAUGGUGUUUGAACGUAGCCAAACUCCAGGUAACUUCUUUGUUCGUUUCCCAAGACACCGUAAGCUGAUCAGUAUAAACAAACAAUUCACAGGACGCAAGAACAGCGAGUUCAACCUGCGCCAUGACUGGAACUCUUUACUGGACGGAAAACAUCCCUUACGCUUCAGCCGUUACUCUCCGGACUUCUUCCCUCAUGCCGAUGAUAUGUUAAGGUACCUGCAAGAUUUUAGCAGUAGCAUUCAGAUUCGCUACGGGACCAAUAUUAGCAGUGUCCGAGUGGAAUCCAAUCCCGCGGCAUGGAAUGGGCACUAUUUCCUCCUGAGCAGUCAGUCUGGACAAAAGUACCAAUGCAAGUAAGCAACAAAUCUCUCUCUCUCUCCGCUAACCAAAAGAUUGUUUUACAAUAGUUAAUACAUUUAUGAUUUAUGGAAUAUCUGAUGUAUCAUAAUGUGAAUUAGCAUGGCUUGUUUAUUUAUAGAAGAAUGGAAUGGUCUGGACAUCUUUGUUGUAGUCCAGCCUUGCAUUUAUGUAAUUAACUACAACAGCAUUUGUCACACACAUAUCAAACUAGCAACACACACAUAUAGCUAGCCACUGAAACACACAGUUAUACACAUAAUUAGCUAAUUGCUAAUAUACCUAGACAUACAUGUGUAAAGUACUUUAAUACAGAUGAUACUCAAAAAAUUAGAAUAUUUAGCAAAAGUUCAUUUAUUUCAGUAAUGCAACGUAAAAGGGGAAACUAAUAUAUGAGAUAAACGCAUUACAUGCAAAGCAAGAUCGUUCAAGCCGUGAUUUGUCAUAAGUGCGAUGAUUAUGGCUUACAGCUCCUGAAAACCCCAAAUCCACUAUCUCAGUAAAUUAGAAUAUUGUGAAAAAGUGCAAUAUUCUAGGCUCACAGUGUCGCACUCUAAUCAGCUACGUAAACCAUAACACCUGCAAAGGGUUUCUGAGCCUUUAAAUGGUCUCUCAGAAAACCAUCAUUGACACUCUCCAUAAGGAGGGAAAGCCUCAAAAGGUAAUUGCGAAGGAGGUUGGAUGUUCCCAAAAUGCUGUAUCAAAGCACAUUAAUAAAAACUUAUGUGGAAGGUAAAAGUGUGGAAGAAAAAGGUACACAAGUAGCAGGGAUGACCGUAGCCUGGAGGAUUGCCAGGAAAAGGCCAUUCAAAUGUGUUGGGGACUUUCACGAGGAGUGGACAAGAACCACCACACACAGACGGAUCCUGGCCAUGGGCUUCAGAUGUUGUAUUCCUCUUGUCAGCAAACAACGUCAGAAGCGUCUUACCUGGUCUGUUGCUCAGUGGUCCAAAGUCCUCUUUUCUGAUGAGAGCAACUUUUGCAUCUCAUUUGGAAACCAAGGACCCAAGGUCUGGAGGAAGAAUGGAGAGGCACAGUCUGUGUUGAUUUGGGGAGCCAUGUCAUCUGCUGGUGUUGGUCCACUAUGCUUCAUUAAGUACAUGGUCAACGCAGCUGUCUACCAGGAGAUUUUGGAGCACUUUAUGCUUCCUUCCACCGACUAGCUUCAUGGGGAUGCUGCCCACACUGCCAAAAGCACCUAAGCCUGGUCCAAUGACCAUGGGAUUACUGUGCUUGAUUGGCCAGCAAACUUGCCUGACCUGAACCCAAUAGAGAUUUUAUGGGGCAUUGCCAAGAGAAAGAUGAGACAUGAGACCGAACAAUGCAGAAGAGCUGAAGGCCGCUAUUGAAGCAUCCUGGUCUUCCAACACACCUCAGCAGUGCCACAGGCUAAUAGCUUCCAUGCCACGCCGCAUUGAGGCAGUAAUUGCUGCAAAAGGGGCCCAAACCUAGUACUGAGUCCAUAUGCAUGCUUAUACUUUUCAGAGGUCCGAUAUUGUUCUAUGUACACACCUUGUUUUAUUGAUUGCAUGUAAUAUUCUAAGAGAUUGUAGAUUUGGGGUUUUCAUGAGCUGUAAGCCAUAAUCAUCGCACCUAUGACAAAUCACAGCUUGAACUAUCUUGCUUUGCAUGUAAUGCAUCUAUCUCAUAUAUUAGUUUCCCCUUUUAGGUUGCAUUCCUGAAAUAAAUGAACUUUUGCACGAUAUUCAAUUUUUUUUGAGUAUCACCUGUACAUGCAAAACUAGCCCGUCACUUGCAAUUAUAGGCACAGAUACAAUCAUCCACAUUUAAAGGACCAGUAAAGCUACCCAGGCCACUUCAUCUGUGGCCCUGCAGGUUUAAACCUGCAAUGUAUGUCUACAUUGCAGAGUGUUAUCCUCCCAAAGUCACCAUGCUAAACCGGAGGGGGUGUGUAGCUUGUUAUUAAGGACAGGAAGACUAAAGUGUGAGGAAUACACAUUUGUUUUACUAAUGCUUUAGUGUUUAUUCAUAAGAACUCCAAACACCUAGCACUUCAGCUUGCGUUAUGGAUGGAGAAGAGAUGAGCUGUCAUCGGCACUAUCUUUGGUAUUAGUCGUUCUGUGCUUAAUGCUUUAGCACAGACCACUUCAUGGCUCCAUUUGUAGUCCUGAGAGUUGUAUCCAGGCAUUUUGCCAGAGGACCAAAUCUCUUCCUCCAUAUAGGAAUCCAAGGGGACCUGUACCUACAACUGCAGCUCACCUAGACACUCCAUUCCAGUGCAGUUGUGGGGAUGGUCAAUAGAGGUGUUUUGAUCUCUGUUGACUGACAGACAUUGCCUUGCUAUAGCUUCUUUAGCAUUUCUAAACCAAGUGCUUUGGACAGACCGUUAUCAAUAGAAUCUUGGUAUUUCUGUGUACUAGUUGGAUGAAUGCAAGGACAUGUAAUUGCUCAAUCGAUGUUCCUCUCUUACAGUGUAUUGGUGGUGGCCACAGGACUGUCUCUUCCUAAUAUAUUGGAUUUUCCUGGGUCGAAGUAUGCAGAGGGGUAUGAGUCUGUUUCUGUCGACCCGCGAAAUUUCACAGGACAGAAUGUUUUAAUUCUGGGACGAGGAAACUCUGCUUUUGAGACCGCCGAGAAUAUACUGGGACAAACAAACUUCAUUCACAUGCUUGGACGUUCCAGAGUACGACUGUCCUGGGCUACACACUAUGUGGGUGAUUUAAGGUUUGUGUAAGAGUCAUUCACUUUAAUUUUAACACUGGGUCUAAUGGCCAUUUUCUCAAAGAAACUAAGCAUUACUAGAAAGGAAAGGGGAAAAUAAAUCUUCAUCUAUCCAGUUAUUUGAAAGAACAGUGUGGGCACCCUAACAACUCCAUUGGAAUGAAGUUAUUAUGGUACCAGGAGGUCCGUGACACCAACUUUCCCAAGCUGUUUAAACCUACAGAGCUAAAAGGGAGUUGGAGAGAAGACUUUGAGGUUAGACCGUUCAUCAACAGUUUAACCCUUAAAGGUAAGCCGGCGCCAGUACGCCGUGGCACCAUAACAGCUUAAUUCCAAUGAUGUUGUAAAGGUGCACAAGUUUCCCUUUAAACCUUUUAUUUGUUACAGUUUCUCCUGUUGAUCCAAAAGAACUUACCACAUUUCAUUAGUGUUUAAUUUGGUCAUAAGCCCAGUUUUAUCUCGGUGUAGAUGAAAAUAUUGAUAAUAUAAUAAUAAUAAUAAUAAUACUGAUGAAACAAGUUGGCCUUGGAUUUUCUAGAUCACUUUUACUGCUAUUUCGAAGAACUGCUACAAAGUAAUGGCUGGGUGGUAGGAGAAACUGUGCACAUUGAGUCUUCAGUUUUCUUAAACGGUGGGAUUGUUCUAAAAUGUAUGACUGAUAGAGGGACACCCUCUGUAACAUUGAGGGGUAUGUAAAGUCAACAAUUAUCCUGACCCUUGAAUGGCCUUAUUGAAUAGACCAAACAAAUGUCUGUAAUCCCAUUUAAAAACUGAAGGGUUUGUCUCACCAUCAGGUUGGGCAUCACUCCAUUUCGAACAAGACCCUCCCUCCCUACUCUUCACUUUGGAGACUCUAUAAUAUGGCAUCUAAUUACAAUGGAGCAUUUUACAAACACAUUAAAUUAUACUAAAUGAAAUCUCUAUAAAUCUUCAUGGUUGGAUUCGCAAGAAGCCCCUUGUCAUGUGCAGAUCUCUAAUAGAGUUCAAUAAAUCUUGUUAAACCUCCCAAGCUGUUAAUCAGACAAACAGUCCUGUUACUUCCUGGUUUGGUUAGCUCAGGGGAGCUAAAGUCAAGAUGCAGAAAUUGCCCCAGCGCACCUGCCUUUCACAGACGUCUUAUUGAGCUGCAUUGGCAGUGUGUGAUUGGACAGCCACAGAAAGUCUGGACAGGCUUAGAAAGGGAGAGGUUUGCAAAGGCUGCAGAGAAGAGAUCUGAAGCUUUUGUAAGCAGUUUUUAGAUAUACCACCAAUGAAAAAAUGAUGCAUAAUAAUUACAUGGAGGACAGUGGAGUGUCACUUUAAUGUAGCCCUCCUUUUAAAAUAUCUGUAUUUGGUUAUGUUGAUAUACUUUGUCAGUCUUGUUUUCAUUAAUACAAUUUUGUAUUACGAAUUUAAUAUUUUGCAAGUAAGCUUUCAAAAACGAGACAUUCUAAUCUGUGACCGCACCACCUCACCAGUGCCUCCAUAGUGAGCAAUAACAUCCCUUCAAUUUACACAGAAUCUUACAUGUCAGACAUGCAGCUUGCUCGCACUUUCCAAGCAUUACAUUUACCUGUGUGUGUUCCUGUAGUGCGUGCACAUGGAAUAAGACAUACGUUUCUUAAAAUAAUUCCUGCACCCAUUAUAGCCAGCUAUAACAAGUGGAUUCCUGCCUUUUGGUUUCAGCUUCUUUCCUGUUUAUACUUUUCAUUUCCUUUUAAACACAGAGCCGUUAAUAAUGGACUUUUAGACACGUACCAGCUGAAAUCUCUGGAUGGGCUGCUGGAGGGGGAGCUGUCAGAUCUGGGACUGGUACAGGACAAGAACGGGAAGCUUUAUGUGACUCACAAGAAUUACCUAAAAAUGGGCGAGGGCCACAAUGGAAACCACACUGACAAACUUCCGAAGGAUGAUCUUGAUAAUUUUGCGGCUCGGGAACCAUAUGACCGCGUCAUUCGCUGCCUGGGUUGGAAAUUUGAUUUUUCCAUCUUUGACAGGUGAGAUUGAUCUUGUUACAUUUGAGUUUAUGGAAUAAGUUUUUUUCCUGAUUGCUAUUGUGCCAUAAUAGUCUCCGUGUUAAAACUUUUUAUUGAUAAAUGGUCACAUUUUAGUUGGUGUCAGGAUCACAUUAACAAAUAUAUUUGGCUAUCAUGCAACAAGCUUUGAACAUCUGGAUUUGGUGGUUUCUGCCAUUAAUCUCUGCAGAUACUCUACACCUCCAUCAGUGGGAAUAUUUGAUUCAAGUCCUGGCUCUUGUUAAGAUACUCAGGCACAUUCACAGAGAUGUCCCUAAGCCACUCUUGCUGUGUCUUGGCUGUAUGCUUACGAUAAGUGUUUUGAUGGAAGUAGAACCUUCAUCCCAGUCUGAGGUCCUCAGUGCUCUGGACCAUGAUUUCAUUAAGGAUAUCUCUGCAUUAGAUUGCUAUCAAGAACACACACUUUACAUGUACAAGAGAAAAUAAAGAAUAUUACCACUUGCCAGGGACGAGAGGGAAGGGGGGCCCCUUGCUUUACCGUGAGGAGACUUCUCCCAGAACUGACCCUAAUUUCUCAUAAUGAAUUCAACUUCUCUAUACAUUCACCCAGAAACCUGUGUGGCAAAUGUUUAUAUUAAAAGGAGUUAGAAUGUUUGUUUAUUUUUCAUAAGAAUUUGAGAUAUUUUUUUUUUAAUUGAGUACCAAUCAGGUUUAAUUGGACUUUUCCAGUUCCUUGCAAUAUUCAGCUCCAUCACGGUAAGUAUGCGAGUCAAUAAAUUCAAUUCCUUUCUUUUGAUGUUGGGUAAGUGAAGCUGUAAGGACAUUAGAUCUGGUCUUAAUGGAAGCUCACAUUUUAACAUUUUACUUAAUUGUAUUCUUAUCUCCUGACAAAGUUCUUUAAUAACGAGGCAAUUCCAGAUAUGGAGAAAAUCAGUUCCUCAUCUCCAGCUAUAGGAAGACUGAUUGGGGAAUAUUUUGUUCCUUUUUUGGAACUAAAUAUAAUCGGUUGAGCUUAUAGUGUAACUCAUUUUAAUUCAGACAGUGAAUAUUUUUAUAGAUAUCUACCCCUUAAGGGUGGAGGCAGUUGUACACAAAUAUUAAUGUUUCAAAACAGUAAAACGUAUCACAACAAUAUCAUCAGUGACCGUUUGUGUGUGAAAAAUACAAAAAAAAUGCACUUUCAUUGACAAUAUUGAAACACUAAUAUUUGUGUUCAGACAGUCCCCAGGAUCGCGACCACGAGUCUUUCAAAUAAAUUGAUAUAUCCAGAUCUUGACUCCAUUUUACUAUAGCCAGUGGAUUUAAUGUUUUUCUACUUUGAAUAAUAAUUUGGUUACAUAUCGAUAUUAUUUUUUUGGUAUCCGAGUUUUUAAUGUUUUGCUCAAAAAAUGUAAAUUGUGCGGUUCAUUUGUAAACCUAAGCUUUCUCAAUAUGUAAGAUCUAACUUUAAGAUAAUUAAAGAAAUCUUUUACUUGAGAUCCCAAAUUUGUUUUUCAAAUCAAAGAAACAUUACAUUUUACCAUGGCUUAUUAGGUACGUCACAAAUUAAAUUCCUUUAGAAACCCACAGGGAUAGAUCCAGUAUUUGGAUUUUGAAAAUUACAGUGCUGCCGCCCGCCCCAAAUGUUCCCUAUUGAGGGUUAAUAAGUAUGUAGGGGUUUAGAAAAAUACCCCUCUUAGUCUCAUUAGAGAUUAGUUCUGACUGAAGCUGAAGCAAGCAAGGUGAAAUGUUAGUGUAGGAGCCACCUAAGAGGCUUGCCUAGACGUGGCAGGUAGGUUUACAUCUAAUGGCCAGCGAAGUUGAACUAAAAACUUCCAUUUAUCUCAAUGUGCAUAGGGAUUUGGAAUAGUGCGCAAAUAACUUUUUUUUUUGGUUUCUAUUUUGAAAGAAGGUAGAAUAUUCUGUUAGGCCCAGCUUGGUUUUAACCUCAUACCAAUUAAGAUUAAUAGAUUACUAAUUUAGUUCCAUUUUUUUUUUUUUUAACCCCUUCAAACGUGUGUUUGGACCGCUGACGGUCCUGAAGCUUUAUAGAGCUUUAUACAAUCCUUUUUAACCUUUCCCUGCCAGAUCUGUUACAGCAGUGCAUUUGUACUGUCUGUGGCUUUUUUUUUUUUUUUUGCCCUUAAAGGGUUAGAUUUUUGUGACAGGAGUUAGUUUAGGGAUUGCUGUUUAGUCUGUUUUAGUAGAAAAAACAAUGUUUUUGUAAUUUUGUUUUAGUCGUGUGUAAAACAUGCAGCGUAUAUAUAACUUGCAGGAGGCAUAUGCCUUCUUGGUGUCAGACUCUGACACCACUGACACUGCGUCAGAUUUUGACCCAGGUCAGUUUUCUGACACGUCUAGUCAAGAUGACAUGCCAUCUGUAUGUGAGCCGGCUGAAGAAAGAAGCUGUGCAUCCUCUGCUACGCCGUAUGUGGUAUUAGGACUGGGUACCCCCAAAGUUAGCCGAGCCCACCGUCCCCCCUUUUAGUGCCAAUGCAGGCAUUAAUGUUAAUGUGGAUGGCUUCUCCCCAAUGCAGUAUGUAGAACUAUUUUUAGGGGAUGCCAUCUGGGAGAAGAUUGCUUCCCAGACUAACUUGUAUGCUAUCCAGUUUAUUGAAAACAAUCCAGGUAGCUAUACAGUCAGGGAGCAUGACUGGCAUCCCACAGAUGUCUCAGAGCUUAAAAAAUUCUGGGCUCUUACAAUGCUCAUGGGGAUUAUAAAGAAGCCAUCGAUUCGCCCAUACUGGAGCACCAACCCAGUAAUGUCUAGUCCAGUAUUCUCCCAAACCAUGCCUAGAGCCAGAUACGACUUACUGCUGAGCUUUUUACAUUUCAAUGACAAUACCCUCUGUCACCCUAGAGAUCACCCCCAAUACGAUAGGCUUUAUAAAAUAUGCCCACUGCUAGACCAUUUUCAGGACAAAUUUUCAGAUGUUUAUACCCCCCCAUCAAAAUUUAUCCAUAGAUGAAUCUCUAAUGAAAAACAAAGGGAGAUUAGGGUUCAGACAAAACAUCCCCUCAAAGCACUGUAGGUAUGGCAUAAAACUGUACAAACUGUGCGAGAGCGAAAGUGGAUACACGUUUGCCUUUCGUGUAUAUGACGGGAAAGAUGGUCAACUGGACCUUCCUGGCUGUCCUGACUCCCUGGGGACAAGUGGGAAACUUGUAUGGGAUCUACUAAACCCCUUGUUCAAUAAGGGUUCCCACCUUUAUGUGGAUAAUUUUUAUAGUAGUGUUUGUCUGUUUAAAACACAUUAUGAUUUACAGACACUGGCCUGCGGCACUGCCAGAAAAAAUUCCAAAGACUUUCCACGAUUUCUCAUAGAGGCAAAAUUAAAAAAAGGCGAAUGUAAAGCACUUUGCAAAGCUGAAGUGCUUGCACUAAAAUUUAGGGACAGGAAGGAUGUCAACAUGCUAACCACCAUCCAUGACGAACGCAUGUCAGACGUCUCUGUCCGGGGCAGAGUAGAGUCCAAACCGGUUUGCAUCAGGGCGUAUAAUAAGUACAUGGGGGGUGUUGAUUUGGCUGAUCAGCUGAUGCAGCCAUAUCUUAUUUUACGAAAAACCAAAGCAUGGUAUAAAAAGGUGGCUAUCUAUAUGAUGCAAAUAGCAACCCACAACUCAUUUUUGCUUUUUUUAAAAAAAUAAUCCAGGGAAAACCACCUUUCUCCAAUUUCAGUUGAAAAUAAUUUCUUUAACAAUUUAUGGAGAUGGACAAGUUCCAACAACGGUGCAAGCUGAGUCCAGACAUUUUAUUUUUAAGUUACCGCCAACUGCUAGAAAAAAAAAAACCCAGAAACGUUGCCGGGUCUGUUUUAAAAACGGGAAAAGGACAGACACCCCUUUUCACUGUCCUGAUUGCCCUUCAAAACCAGGACUGUGUGUAGGAACAUGUUUCAAGCUGUACCACACAGAACAGUUGUAAGAAGUGUUCCUGAAUUUUUAUUUUAUUUUUUUGUUUCUUUGGAAAGCAGACAUUUUUUGUUAGUCAGUUUCCUUCCCCCAAAUCUCCAGUUAGAUUCUAUUUGCAGGAGUCAGUUUAAAGAUUGCUGCUAAAUGUACAUUUGCUACUUGCACAUUUGGGCUAACAAGUUUUCUGGCAGUAACACAUAACCAGCUGGCCAAAACCAGAUGACGUGUGCAUAAAAACCAAAAUUAAAAUAAAUUACCACUACACUUUCUUUGGGGGGGCAAAAUGGUUGGGGGAAAGAAGUCAAAACACCCCAUCUUCUAUAACCUUUGAUGUCUACUUUAUAAAAAUAUAUACUUUCAUGAUGGUAAUAUUAACUGUGGGGUGCAAAAAUAUGUCAAACUGAAGAUCGACCAAGCAUACUUAUAUAUCAAGUUGGAAAAACUGACCUGUACAAGUUCUGAUUGUUGCCUUUUGGCCUCCAAACAACCCAGCAACCCUAUACAUGGGGGUAUCACUGUACUUGGGAGAUGUUGCUGAACAUAUUGGAUAGUGUUUGGCAGUGACACAUAACAGGAUCUGUUUAAUUCAUGCCUAAAGUACAAUGUGUGUGACAAAGAAACAAAAAAAAGAUUACUACCCAAAAGUUUGACAAAGGCUGGUGGUAGAAUUCAGUGCAUGAAGUGUUAAAAUACCACCAUUUAAAAUACCCUGGGUUGUCUACUUUUCAAAAAUAUAUGGUUGGAUGGGGGUAAAAUACAUUUGCUCAAAUGGGACAUGGGCGCAGGUUGAUUACAUGUCAAAAUUCCAAGUUGGGAAACUGAUAAGCGCACCUGCCAAACGUGGCCUUUUAGCCCCCAAAGAACCCGACGGGCAUAUGCGUGGGUGGUAUCCCUGUACUCGGGGGAUCUUGCUGAACACAUAUUGGGGUGUUGUUUGACAGUGACACAUAACAGGAUCUGUUAAUUCACGCCUCAAGUACAAUGUGUGUGGUAAAAAAAUAAUAAUAAAAACUACCUAUGCAAAGGUUGGCAAAGGUUUGUGGUAAAAUGGCUGCUUAGAAAGUAUCAAAAUAUUCUUAGAUGAAUACCCUGGGUUAUCUAGUUUAAGAAAAAUAUAUACAUGUGGGGUGUUUUUUGGAGAUUUAUGACAUAACAGUGUUACAAUGUCACUAUUGAUACAUUUGAAAAAUGUACUUUUUGAAACCGCAGUUUCCUACUUAACGCUGUCAGGUAUACUCUAUCAUUCAUACUGCCGCCGGAACCCACUUCCGGGUUCACGGCGCUUAGCCCCGCCCCUUUCUCUGACGCGGUCCUUCCACGAUACUUAGGAAGACCGCGCCAGAUUCAAAGGGCUGGAUUAUUCACGCAGGUACUGCAUUGAGAUCAGCUGCUCUACUGAAUGCUCCCGGCUCCACUCCUCUCCCGACCUCGGCUUGUAAACAGAUUUCUACCAUCUCCACUUCUCGACCUCGGCUUGGAAAACGGACUUCUACCUUCUCCACUCCCAGACCUCGGCUAGUGAAAACGGACUUCUACCUUCUCCACUCCCAGACCUCGGCUAGUGAAAACGGACUUCUACCUUCUCCUCUUCCAGACCUCGGCUUGUAAAAACGGACUUCCUUACUCUCCACUCCUAACGCUCAGCUUAUUCAUAGAGACUCCUAAUCUCUCCUCCAUUGGGUGAAUUAACCCUUCCAAUGCCAGAACUGCCUCUAAGUUAAGUAAUCCUUUUUUUUUCCAAGGAAACCAAUUCAUAUUAAUUAAUUUCACUAAAAUUCUCUCUUGUCAAUAAGGGAUUUCUACUAAGUCUAAUUCUUCCUGCAAAUAUCAAUUUAUUCUAAUUGCAAACCUGUCCAGCUUCAUUAACACAAUUCUCAUAAAUCAUUCCAUCUUAAUUAAGUUGGAACUAGCAUUGCUUUUCUUCCCUGCAUGUGUAUUUAAAGAUACAGUCAACCUUGUUCACUUCAAUAUAAAAGGAGGUGAAACUUAUUGUUUCUGCAGUUGAGUUCCAAUUAAAGAGACAUUACACAAACCCAUCACAAACGCCCUAUAACUUGCAAAUAAAAGCAAAAAAAAACAUAAAUAUUGGGUGUUUUUAAACUCAGGACAAAAUUUUGAAUCUAUUUAGCAGUUUUUCAUUCGAUUUUGUAGAUCAGUAAAAGAUUUUUUUUUUAAGUAUAAGUCAACUUUUUUUUUUUUUUUUCACCAUACCUUAUUAUUUUUAUUUUUUAAAUUAAAUUAUGACAUGAUAAAAAUAAUAGUAUGUAAAGAAAGCCCUUUUUGUCCUGAAAAAAAAAUUAUAUAAUUUGUAUCAGAACAGUAAAUGAGAGAGCGAAAAAUUACAGCUAAACACAAACACCACAAAAGUGUUAAAAUAGCUCUGGUCCUUAACGCACAAAGAUUGCAAAAACAGUCCGGUCCUGAAGGGGUUAAGAUGUGAUUUUAAAAAAGGGAAAAACUUAAAAAAUAAAAAUAAAUAAAAUAAAAAUUAUUGAGGUAACCAAAAGAUUGAAGCCACAAAUCUAAAGCAGUCUAUUCUCUUGGAUUUAAGUUUAUACCAGCUUUCAUUAAAAGUGUGCAUAGCAUGGGCCAAUAUAGAGGCUCGAACACAUUUGUUCAGGCAGAAUAAGCCUAAUCCCCUGUCGUCUAAUUUCCUUGAUAACAACUUAGAGCUUACUAUGGGUCUUUUUUUUAUUUUUUUAUUUUUUUUAAACCUUUUAUAAAUUUAUAAAAAGAAGAGUGCAAAGGAUUAACCCAGCUUGGAGGUAUUCUAAAGGGUAAUAAACUCAGGACAUCGGCAGGGUGGACCUAAUGCGCAUGCUUGGCAAGUGCCUCACUCGCAUUAGGACUUCCACCAUAGGAAGGCAUUCUAUAAUGCUUUCCUAUGGGGUUUUGGGUGACACGAUGUCCUCAUGCAUAGCGUCAGGACAUUGAGUGUCAGUUAUCCAAAAGUCACCCGGAAGUUACUCUAUUUGCUGUUUGGUAGACCAACAUUUGCUCAUAAUGGCAUAAUUUAUUAACCGGCACUAGUUCUCCAUGACCUGCACGGUUUUUGAAUUGAUAAUAUGUUCUUCUGGUCAAAGAGGACUUAAAGAUGGUUGACAUUUAUUCAGUAACGUUAUGCCGGGAGAUGCCCUGAAAAGGUAUAUUAACUUUUACGUAUGCAUUACAAAAUAAUACAUAGAGACUAUAAUACAUGGAAUUUUUUUAAAUAAAAAAAUGUUUUCAUUUAAGUUGCUAGGGGUUCCAGACCAGGCCCCAGAUAAAGCGUUUGAAGAAAGGAGAGCUCCAUACUGUGGGUUAAACUUUGUUUAGCUACAUAUAUUGGGUUACGAUCUUGGGAGGCUACUUUUUCUUGUUUAUUUAAGAUAAGUAUAUUUUAUACUUACUCACUAUAUUCACUACACUUCAGUUAUCUUGUGGUGUUGUAUUUGUUUUUUAUUUCCAUACUGUGGGUUGUAUACUCUUUAAAAUGAGCUCACUAGGUGUGGCAUGUAUUUUGCAGUGUCACACAACCUCAUGCAGAAAAUUAGAAAGUUCUAAGGGUUAUAUAGAGGGAGGGGAGAAACGUAUUUGAUCCACUGCUGAUAUUGAAGUUUGCCCACUGACAAAUGAUCAGUCUAUAAUUUUAAUGGUCAGAGACAGAAAAUGCAUGUCAAAAAAGUUAUAAAUUUACUUGCAUGUCAAUGAGUGAAAUAAGUAUUUGACCCAUUCGACUUUGGUGGACUUUUGUCGGGAAUCACAAAUGUCAGACGUUUCUUGUAUUUGGCCACCAGGCUUGCACACACAUCAUGGAGGGAUUUUGUCCCACUCCUUUUUGCAGAUCCUCUCCGAAUCAUUAAGGUUUCAAGGCUGACGUUUGACAACUCGAAUCUUCAGCUCCCUUCACAGAUUUUCUAUGGGAUUAAGGUCUGGAGACUGGCUAGGCUACUCCAGGACCUUAAUGUGCUUUUUUAUGAUCCACUCCUUUGUUGCCUUGGCUGUGUGUUUUGGUCAUUGUCAUGCUGGAAUACCCAUCCAUGACCCAUUUUCAAUGCCCUAGAUGAGGGAAGGAGGUUCUUAGCCAAGAUUUGACGGUACAUGGCCCUGUCCAUCAUCCCUUUGAUGCGGUGCAGUAGUCCUUUUCCCUUAGCAGAAAAACACCCCCAAAGCACAGUGUUUCCACCUCCAUGUUUGACGGUGGGGAUGGUGCUCUUGGGGUCAUAGGCAGCAUUCCUCCUUCCCCAAAGAGCAUGAUUUUGGUCUCAUCUGACCACAACACUUUUUCCUCUGACUCAAUCGGUUGUUCAUUGGCAAACUUCAGAUGGACCUGUACAUGUGCUUUCGUGAGCAGGGGGACCUUGCGGGCACUGCAGGAUUUCAGUCCUUCAUGGCAUAGUGUGUUACCAAUUGUUUUCUUGGUGACUAUGGUCCCAGCUGCCUUGAGCUCAUUAACCAGAUCCUCCCGUGUAGUUCUUGGCUGAUUCCUCACCCUUCUCAUGAUCAUUGAAACUCCACAAGGUGAGAUCUUGCAUGGAGCACCAGGCCGAGGGAGACUGAUUGUUAUUUUGUGUUUCUUCCAUUUGCGAAUUAUCGCACCAGCUGUUUUCACCACCAAUCUGCUAGGUGAUGGUCUUGUAGCACAUUUCAGCCCUGUGUAGGUCUACAAUCUUGUCCAUGACAUACUUGGAUGGGUCUUGGCCAUGGUGGAGAGUUUGGAAUCGGAUUGAUUGCUUCUUUGGAGAGGCAUCUUUUAUACAGUUAACAAGCUGAAAUUAGGAGCACUCCCUUUAAGAGAGUGCUCCUAAUCUCGGCUUGUUACCUGUCUAAAAGACACCUGGGAGCCAGAAAUCCUGCUGCUUGAUGGGGCAUCAAAUACUUAUUUCACUCAUUGACAUGCAAAUCAAUUUUAUAACGUUUUUGAAAGGCGUUUUUUUUUUUUGGUUUUUAUUUUUUUGUUAUCCUGUCUCUCACUGUUAAAAUACUCCAACCAUUAAAAUUAUAGACUAGUCAUUUCUCUGUCGGUGGACAAAUGUUCAAAAGCAGCAGGGGAACAAAUACUUUUUCACCUCACUGUACCACCCGUACUGCACUGGCUAACCAGCAGGGUGCACAUGUAAAAUUCUGGAGCUUGAUAAGACACUUCACAGCCACAUACAUACACAAAGUCUCAGUAUUCUAACAGUCAGUCAUCAUAAAGUAAUUUAACAUAAUGCAGGGCUUGUAUUCACCAUCUCCCUCAUUGUACCAGGAAGUCUAAAUGGCAAUUAUCGGACUACAAUUAUUGGAUAAAUGUUUCUGAUGCAUGUAGAAAGGCCACAAUCUAAAACCAGGUAAAGUUGUUUGUUUAUAUUUUCGCUUUUAACUUAGUUCAGUGAGAUUAAAACAGGCACGUGGAGGAAAAAGAAAAUAUCCAUUGCUUAAAGCCAAUUAUGAAGCAAAACACACAAGAGGUCUCUUCGUGGUGGGCACGGCCAGCCAUGGGAUCGACUUUCGUAAAUCUGCUGGUGGGUUCAUACAUGGAUUUCGAUACACCGGUACGUUACCUCUCAUCUACUAUCUGUCACAUCCUUACGUCUAUCCAUCUUUUCUUUUUUCUUUGGUUUUGCAUUGCAGUGUCAUAACUAGCCGUAAUGCUACACUAUAUAUGAAUGCAGUUAUUAAAUAAAUGAUUAAACUAAAGACAUCUUUGUGAUGAAGGGGCCUGGGUGCAGUGGAUCUGUAGUUUUAACCUUGCAGUUGGCUAAGCUCCCCUCUAGUGGCUGUUUUUGUAACAACUGCUAGAGGUGCUUCCCCUGCAAUGACAGAGAUUCACAUGAGGUCAUCACACAUCAUCAAAUGCAACUUGUAGGGAAAUAUUUGCAUUAAUGCUGCCUGCUUAAUUAUGCAAGGCUGCACAUACAGAGAUAAACACCUUGGAUACCGGCCGUGUAACUCCACCUUCACGUCACUGGGGCAUCAUUAGUCACCCUGAAACAAUAGAUCUGGGUGGAUAAUGCAAAUUCUGUGCAAAUGUGACAUAUAUCAUCCGCACACCCCUUCCGUACCACUUAAUAUCUCCUGUUGCUCGUCCUCUGGGUCAUCACUCCUGGUUUCAGUGCUAGAUCCAGGUGAGGUUUUUCUUUAAUUAUUUCUUUUUUUUUUUCAUGGGGUGGGGGGAUAGCAUGCCAGUAGGAGUUAUUCUUACUAGAAAAGGUGUUUUAUUAAACCACGUUUUUUUGUUUGGAGCCCUUUAAAGACCAUUUUCAACAACAUUUCUCUUCUGUGAUCCAGGUGUACAGACUGGUGAAAGAGAGGGCAAAUGAUGAUUAAUUUUAAAGGAACACUCCAAGUACAACUACAGCCCUCUUCGCUAUUUUUUUUUUUAAGUAUCUCCAUAUAUUUUCUGAUUAUUAUUUUUUUGGGUAUGCACCAAAGUGCCUGACUGUUAAUUGGGUUUUCUGUUCCAUCAAAUAAAAAUAGAGGAGAUUCCUAAACAUAAAUUAUAUGAAGGAGUCUCGGAAAUUGGUAAUCAGGGGGUAACCCUAGGUAAGACAAUAAUGAAGGCGAGUUUGAGAAAGACCCAAUAAAGUGGGAAUUUCCCAAGAAAUUACCAUUAAUUGAAGCCACUAUAUCAAGGUAAAAUGUAAACUUUAUUAAUUGAAAUAAAACCUAUAUAAACAGCCCAUCAAAAAUAGUCUGCUCUACAAACGUGUUAGUGUGAAAAAGCUACUGUGAUUCAUAGACUAUUCCUAUUGAAUUAGAGAGAUAUAUAGAGUGUUGCUGUAUUAAAAAUACUAAAAGUAUUCCUAUAUUGGAAGUAAACUAGGAACAAAAGGAGGAAGGAGCAAGUGGUGCCCACUGCUUAUAUGUGUUGUUUUCCAGUGUAUUGUGUGAUCCCACUGUUUCCCGGUGUAUUUGUAGGCAUAUAUUUUGCCCUCUUGACCUUCGGUAGCGAUCAUGCGAACGGAGCCCGUUUGCCUCCCGAACGCGGACCACCCCGUUACCCCAUUAGAAUGUUCACACCAAUCAAUCAGAACAUUCGCAACACAAGGUUAAAACCUCAAGGGAAGUAAUUAUUGAAGUCUCCCCUGGGUCGCGUUCGCCUAUCCGAAAUGGCAGCCACCCAGGGGAGACUUCAAUAAUUACUUCCCUUGAGGUUUUAACCUUGUGUUGCGAAUGUUCUGAUUGAUUGGUGUGAACAUUUGUAUCCUAACCGCCGGGCUUGUAACGAGCCCGGCGGUCCUUAUCUGUAUUAUGGCAAUGUAAGUUGCCAUAAUACAGACACUCACUCGAGUAUAAGACGAGUGGGGGUUUUUCAGCACAGUAUAUAUGGUAAUUAUGAGGCACCUGUGACAGGGAGGGGUGCAAAACCAAGGAGUUGGCUAGACUCCCAAUUGGGAGUCUAGCCAACUCCUUGGUUUUGCACCCCUCCCUGUCACAGGUGCCUCAUCCCAGGGCCCUAUUUAGCCUUGUACUGCAGAGAGCCCCAGAUGGAAUUUCUUUCCCCAAGUAGGUUAAUCUCAUAAGAGCAGACAUUAGGCUGUUGGUGUAGGACCUGCCAAAGAUGGGGUACAUUGACGUUGUGGCAGGCUUAUGCACUGUAUGAUCAUAUAAUGUAACUAAACCCCCAUUAUUUUUGCCUAGAUUAGGUGUUUUAAAAAAAACAAAUAAAAUCUUUCAACAUUGAAGUUGCUGUUUAGUGGAUAGGUGAGUGCGCUGGAUCUUGUGUAUAUUAUUUAUAUAUAUAUAUAUAUAUAUAUAUAUAUAUAUAUAUAUAUAUAUAUAUAUUAAUAAUAAUAAUAAUACACUUAGUAUGAUGUUAGUCCUUAGGUUGUUGGAAGUCAUCCGCUUUCUUUGUGUACAUUCCUCAACCUGUGCUAGAAAUGAGGUCAGCUUUUGUAAAAUUGUCAUCUUGAGGUAUAUCCUUUGUAUUAUGUUCCAUGUAUUAAUAAAUAUUCUUUAGCAUGAUGCUUCUACUUUUGCCCACUUUAUUUACUGGCCUACCGCAUACGUCAGUUUCAGCACACAUCAACUGACUUUGUCCUAUAUACAGGUUACGUCACAGUAUACAUUAACAUCACAAUGGUUGCCCUGCACACAAAUGUAUAGGCUUUGCCUGGAGUUGUGGGACCUACUUAAGGGACUCCCCCUUUACCUGCACUACCGUAGUGGUCUUACAUUCCUGAAUGCCCCACCUUCCACUCCCUUAACUCUUUUACUCUACUGGACUGGGCCCACUUUAUUAUUUACUAGCCUACCGCAUAUGUCCGUUUCGGCACACUUCAACCGACUUUGUCCCAUAUACAGGUUACGUCAAUACACAGUGUACAUUAACAUUACAAUGCCCCGAACACGUGUGUGUGUGUGUGUGUGUGUGUGUGUGUGUGUGUGUGUGUGUAUAUAUAUAUAUAUAUAAUUUUAUUUCCAGGUCCCAGCACUCGAUGUUCCCGGUCUUUUUGUGCUCCGGUGCACAAUCUCCAACCAAAAUAUAUAUACCUAGUAGAGAGCACUCUGGAGUCUUGAUAAAGUAAAUUCAAACUGUUGCUUUAUUAAGCAAAUACAGUGAUAAACACAAUAGUCGACAUUUCAGUCUAUGCAGACUUUUUUCAAGACCAAUAUAUUAUUUAUUAACUUUAUUUAAAUUUUUAUUUUUUACUUCUUUGACCAGCAGACAGGUAGUCCCCCUGCUGACCGCACUAUGGACACCUAUAGUGGCAAUGUGACUGCUUUUUCAGAGCGAUCACAUGGCCCCUGGGGGUCCUAAUUUGCAGAGAGGGGACUGUCUGGGCUAUCAGACAGUCCCCCCCCAUAGAAGAACAACAGUGAUUGCCGGCAGGGGAACAGCGGCUAUCGGGUAAGUUUAUAUGGAGAGAGCACGAGGGAAGGGGUUAAUUUAUUUAAAAAAUUUAUUUUUUUAUUUAAUUUAUCUUCACUGAGUGCCCCUUGAGGCACUCAGCACAGGCAGAGCAUCAGAAGCCUGCCUGAUGGCUUCCAGUGCUCUGCCUCACUGCCGGGCACCACGUGGGGAAACCCGGAAGUGAUUGCUCCAGGGGAGCGAUCACCCGGCGGCCUGUCAGUGAGGGGGGGGGGGGUAUUGAGCAAUACUGUUUGAGCAGCUGGAAACGAUCAUGAUCGCUGCCAGAGCUCUAAUUCACCGUGAACAUAUCCGGUACGUCUACGGUCCUUAAAGGGACACUAUAGUCACCAGAACAACUACAGCUUAUUGAAUUAGUUCUGGUGAGUGGAAUUACCUUCAGGCUUUUUGCUGUAAACACUGUCUUUUCAGAGAAAAUGUAGUGUUUAUAUUACAGCCUAGUGAUAACUUCACUGGCCACUCCUCAGAUGGCUGUUAGAGAUCCUUCCUGGGUUAUGGCUGCCUAUAAUGCAUCCAAACAUUCAGUGUCUCCUCCCUCUGCAUGGAGACACUGAACUUUCCUCAUAGAGAUUCAUUGAUUCAAUGUAUCUCUGAGGAGAUGCUGAUUGGCCACGUCUGUGUUUGAAUCAUGCUGGCUCUGCCCCUGAUCUGCCUCUUUGUCAGUCUCAGCCAAUCCUAUGGGGAAACAUUGUGAUUGGAUCAGACUGAUGAUGUCAGCAGACUGCUUGUUUUUCUGAGUCUAACAGCAUGCAGAGUUACAGCUUCUGGCUUGAAUACAGUAAGAUUGAGCUAUAUUUAUGGAGGCAUAAGGGGCCCAGGGGGGCUAGAUGGCGGUUUUAACACUAUAGGGUCAGGAAUACAUGUUUGUGUUCCUGACCCUAUAGUGAUCCUUUAAGAACCAUUUUUUUGUUGGACGUACCUGAUACGUCCAAGGCCGGGAAGGGGUCGAAAGAGGAGAUUUAUUCAUAUUCUCUCCUUCCUUUUGUUCCUAGUUUACUUCCAAUAUAGGAAUACUUUUAGUAUUUAUAAUACAGCUACACUCUAUAUAUCUCUCUAAUUCAGUAGGAAUAGUCUACUAACCGCAGUAGCUUUUUCAUGCAAUCACGUUUGUAGAGCUAUUUUUGGUGGGCUGUUUAUAUAGGUUUUAUUUCAAUUAAUAAAGUUUGCAUUUUACCUUGUUAUAGUGGAUUCAAUUAAGGGUAAUCUCUUGGGAAAUUCCUACUUUUUUUUUUUUUUCUGUUCCAUUAAUCCGAUUUGCAAUUAACUCGUUCUGCUCAUUCUCAGCUCGCUCCGUCCACCGCUUGACUGAAUAUCGCUACCACAACAUUCCUUGGAAGGCAACACACUACCCUAUCUCGCAGCUCCUCAAUGUUCUUAUAAAACGUAUGAAUGAAGCAUCAGGUCUCUACCAGAUGUUUGAAGUCCUGGCUGAUGUUGUGAUCAUUGGAGAGUAAGAAUGUUAUGUUAAAUAUUCUUUAUUGAUAUUUCUAUGUGAAUUAUACAUUGUUUAUAUUUCCCUGAUAACGGACCAUAAAAUGUUAAGCUGUCCCAUUUGGUUGAUCUACUAUAAUAUAUCUAAGACAGAUUGUUUGGAAUGUGUAAAACAUUUAUAAUUAAAGGGACACUCAGGACCCUUAAAGCAUUAUAGCUUGCUGAAGUACUGUAUGUGUGAACAGUGUGUCCUCUUUUUUUUCAUUUUACAAAAAGUGCAGAUUUCAAUAGAAACUGGCACUUUUAUGAACUAAACUUGUUACACACCCUGGAGGUCAAACAGGUUAUGUUACUUCCUGGUUUGGUUAGCUCAGUGGAGCUAAACUCAAGAGGCAGCUAUUGCCCAGAACAACUGCCCUGUAAAGACUUCUCAUUGAGCUGCAUUGGGAAUGCUGUGAUUGGACAACUACAGAAAGUCCAGGCUGGGGCAAAAAGGGGGAGGGCCUUUUUUGGAUAUACACCCAGUCGAAAUGUGCAAAGUGAAAUGCAUUCAUGUUUUCAUUUGGGGUAUAUCUACUAAAUAGUGAUUAAUUGUUGUAUUUGGGCAGUGAAGUGUCCCUUUAAGGCCUCAAUUUCAAAGAUUUUUUUUUUAAAUGACUUAAUACUGUUAAAAAAAAAAAAAAAAUUCCAAAUGAUUGAUCUACAAAAUUUCUAUAGACUUGAACUGUGACUUCCGUAGAUAUAUAAUUUGGAUAGUUUCUCUAACAGUAUUGAACAAAAUUGCUAAUAGUUUAGAAUUGACCCAGGACAUACAUGAAAACGAUAGAAAUCUUAACCCCUUAAGGACGGCGGCCGUGCAAUGCCGUCCUUGGGGACCUGGCUCUAAACGCCGGCGGGCGGCAUAGCACGUCCACGCCGUCCUUCUCACUUACCUGUUCACCGGCGAUAACGAUGGGGGGGACUUACCUGACAUCCCAGGGAGUCCCCCUGCUGCAGAUCCGGCCCUUCUGGGCCAUGUGAUCGCGAGGUCCUUGCGAUGACCUCACGAGCACAUGGAUGGAAUAGCCGUCCGUAGCAGUGCCAGCAGGGGGAGUGCCUAUAAUGACUGGUAGUCCCCCUGCUGCCUGGAAAAAAGGUUAAUACAGUUUUUUUUUUAAACCGUGUAAAAUAAAAUAUAUAUAUAUAUAUAUAUAUAUAUAUAUAUAUAUAUAUAUAUAUAUAUAUAUAUAUAUAUAUAUAUAUAUAUAUAUAUAUAUAUAUUCACAAUAGUUUCUGGCACUCAUCCCAUAACAAAAGCAUUAAUUCAGCAAUGACCAGGUGCCUCUCCGUGCAAAAUAUACAAAUGGAACAAAUUGAGAGCACUCACUGGUCUUGAUAAAGACCGCUAGACGGUCGAAACGUUGAUUUAUAUGCGUUUGAUUUAAUAUAUUUUUUUGUUUACUAAAUCCAAUGAGUGCUCUCAAUUUGUUCCAUUUGUGUGUGUGUGUGUGUAUGUAUGUAUGUAUACAGGGAGUGCAGAAUUAUUAGGCAAAUGAGUAUUUUGACCACAUCAUCCUCUUUAUGCAUGUUGUCUUACUCCAAGCUGUAAAGGCUCGAAAGCCUACUACCAAUUAAGCAUAUUAGGUGAUGUGCAUCUCUGUAAUGAGAAGGGGUGUGGUCUAAUGACAUCAACACCCUAUAUCAGGUGUGCAUAAUUAUUAGGCAACUUCCUUUCCUUUGGCAAAAUGGGUCAAAAGAAGGACUUGACAGGCUCAGAAAAGUCAAAAAUAGUGAGAUAUCUUGCAGAGGGAUGCAGCACUCUUAAAAUUGCAAAGCUUCUGAAGCGUGAUCAUCGAACAAUCAAGCGUUUCAUUCAAAAUAGUCAACAGGGUCGCAAGAAGCGUGUGGAAAAACAAAGGCGCAAAAUAACUGCCCAUGAACUGAGAAAAGUCAAGCGUGCAGCUGCCACGAUGCCACUUGCCACCAGUUUGGCCAUAUUUCAGAGCUGCAACAUCACUGGAGUGCCCAAAAGCACAAGGUGUGCAAUACUCAGAGACAUGGCCAAGGUAAGAAAGGCUGAAAGACGACCACCACUGAACAAGACACACAAGCUGAAACGUCAAGACUGGGCCAAGAAAUAUCUCAAGACUGAUUUUUCUAAGGUUUUAUGGACUGAUGAAAUGAGAGUGAGUCUUGAUGGGCCAGAUGGAUGGGCCCGUGGCUGGAUUGGUAAAGGGCAGAGAGCUCCAGUCCGACUCAGACGCCAGCAAGGUGGAGGUGGAGUACUGGUUUGGGCUGGUAUCAUCAAAGAUGAGCUUGUGGGGCCUUUUCGGGUUGAGGAUGGAGUCAAGCUCAACUCCCAGUCCUACUGCCAGUUCCUGGAAGACACCUUCUUCAAGCAGUGGUACAGGAAGAAGUCUGCAUCCUUCAAGAAAAACAUGAUUUUCAUGCAGGACAAUGCUCCAUCACACGCGUCCAAGUACUCCACAGCGUGGCUGGCAAGAAAGGGUAUAAAAGAAGAAAAUCUAAUGACAUGGCCUCCUUGUUCACCUGAUCUGAACCCCAUUGAGAACCUGUGGUCCAUCAUCAAAUGUGAGAUUUACAAGGAGGGAAAACAGUACACCUCUCUGAACAGUGUCUGGGAGGCUGUGGUUGCUGCUGCACGCAAUGUUGAUGGUGAACAGAUCAAAACACUGACAGAAUCCAUGGAUGGCAGGCUUUUUGAGUGUCCUUGCAAAGAAAGGUGGCUAUAUUGGUCACUGAUUUGUUUUUGUUUUGUUUUUGAAUGUCAGAAAUGUAUAUUUGUGAAUGUUGAGAUGUUAUAUUGGUUUCACUGGUAAUAAUAAAUAAUUGAAAUGGGUAUAUAUUUGUUUUUGUUAAGUUGCCUAAUAAUUAUGCACAGUAAUAGUCACCUGCACACACAGAUAUCCCCCUAACAUAGCUAUAACUAAAAACAAACUAAAAACUACUUCCAAAAAUAUUCAGCUUUGAUAUUAAUGAGUUUUUUGGGUUCAUUGAGAACAUGGUUGUUGUUCAAUAAUAAAAUUAAUCCUAAAAAAUACAACUUGCCUAAUAAUUCUGCACUCCCUGUGUGUGUGUGUGUAUAUAUAUAUAUAUAUAUAAUAUACACUUACACAUGCAUACACAUACACUGUCUAAGUGAAUUUAAAUAUUAAUACAGGUGAUACUCAAAAAAUUAGAAUAUCGUGCAAAAGUUAAUUUAUUUCAGUAAUGUAACGUAAAAGGGGAAACUUAUAUAUGAGAUAGACGCAUUACAUGCAAAGCAAGAUAGUUCAAGCCGUGAUUUGUCAUAAGUGCGAUGAUUAUGGCUUACAGCUCAUGAAAACCCCAAAUCAACACUCUCAAUUAGAAUAUUACAUGCAAUCAAUAAAACAAGUAGUGUACAUAGAACAAUAUCGGACCUCUGAAAAGUAUAAGCAUGCAUAUGGACUCAGUACUUGGUUUGGGCCCCUUUUGCAGCAAUUGGGGAUUAUUCUAGCCUCGGUGAGGGAAUAAUCUAAAUUUUAUUAAAGACAGGAGGCAGAUAUUUGCUUUACUUUCUUUACUGAAACCUCCAGCAGCAAAGAAAUAGUUAACAGAACUUUUCAACCAAUCAGAACAAAGCAACAGUAGUAUAAAACCCCUAAGCAGGCUUUUCCACGCCCUCUUUCUUUGAGGUCGAGAAGGAGAGCAAGGAAACCAACGAAUCCACUUUGUAGCAGACACAUCCAGAGAAACAAUCGUCAAGCCCAGAGAGAAAACAGAUUACACUGCAAGAAAACAGAAAACAUUGUGAAAGUAAACUGUCAAGGCAAGAUUUCAUAUCCAUACAAUAUCACUUGCACAUCAUAAUACCUGAUGAAUAAACAAAGUCUACAGAUCUUAUGAAGACCUAGUAAGUACCUAAACUAAAAGGCAUUGACGAAACAUAAUUACAACACAAACAUGAUGAAUAAAACGCACACGGACAAUCAUCACUGAAUAAUAGAAAUAACCUUUAUUAUGUAAAACCACGCAUUCACAAAACAUAACAAUAUCCCCAAUUAUUUAUAAUAGAAUAAGACCCAAAUCCAGGGAGGGAAUGUAAAAAAAGGGGUGGGAAAUAUUCGCCUCCUGUCUUUAAUAAAAUUUAGAUUAUUCCCUCACUGAGGCUAGAAUAAUCUCUAAUUUUAUGGCAGGACAGGAGGCUUCAUAUUUGCAAUUUUAACGCCCAAAUAGUAGAACCAGAAGCAAUAUGAGAUAGAGGACUGAAAUAAAAGGAGAAUGGAAAAACCGAUUCCCUAAACCAAGCAGUGGUGUAAAGAAAAUGCAGAAGGGACCCAACAGCUUCCAAAGUUGUUGAGGUGACAGCACCCCGAACCAAAAGUGUCCCAGAGGAACUCUCGAGGUCAGCCAAUGAGAGGAUCCACCAAAUCCAAUGGGCGAGCAAAGAUGCAGAAACAGUCCAAAACGGCCGUACGCAGAAAUCAACAGCUGUCGAAAGAGUAGACUGACGAAAGAACCAGAUCCUGGAUCUACAUGGUCAUGUACAACCUGUCAACAGAGCCGUGGCCUAUCCGGAGAAUAGGGGUACGACACAGAGGACGAAUAGAAAUGAAAUAUGUGUGGAGCAGAAGCCGAUGUACUGAACGGCAAGAAGGAAGAAGACACUACAUCGAUACCAUGACGUCAGAACGCAAUGAAAUACAAGAUGUACUGGGGAAAACUGUAAGCGGGGAAAAAACUGGCGCAAGGCAAGUCCUUGUCAUCAGGUCAUUCCUCAAGGAAAUGCAGAACACACGAUAGCACUAGAAUUGAGGAAUAGUAAGAGAUAGGGCUCCCGUACGGUAUACUCCUCUUGGUAGACUGCAGACCAAGAGAUCCUUAGCAAUGCCAGAAUCUUGAGAAAACGCACAUGAGUCGUCCACUAGCUGACAUAGGACGUGAAUGGCCCCAUACGAUCCUACCCUGAGAGGGCAACUCAGCCAGACAAUGGGGACAGCCAUGAUAAGGACUGCCAUAGGGACACAAACAUCUCUCCAGACACCAGUCGUGGCAGGCUACCCCUGUGGAUCCCACACGGGACAUUAAGAGACAGGGAGUUGUAGAUUGCCUUCCCAUGGCAAACUCCAGCAAAAAGGGGAAAGCACGGAAGACUCCUCCAAAGUGGUGUGGCCAGGCGAAACGACACUUCCAGGAAUUCGGUCUGAAGCAAAACCCAAAGUAUCCUGUAGGUAAACUGGAUGCGUACGCCCCGAAGGAGACCAACCUUGGAAAACGCAUCCCUCGCCUCACUGAGGGUCCGGCAGCCAGCUGGAGAACCACACCAUAUGGCCAGUACUCGAGACCCCGGAGGGUGAGUCAACCAAUCAUUGGGGUCUCUCCAUGGUCGGGUGAAGCCGUCCUCCACAUGAGUGUCUCAUCCCGCAAGCAUUCUGUCACAAAUGACGAAUGCUUGUCCAGAAGCAAUACAUAGCGAUCCGACUGCAGUCCGUUGUGGGCAACCGGUGAUAAGUCCAUGCCUGAAGGUAGCGAGCAAUAAUACUUCCCAUGGGGAAGCUGCGAAUGGUGAACAAACCUGCAAGUAGUUCCAUGCAGUUGGCGUGAAGAGGUCCCUCCUCCGGAGUCCAGGCCGAAGUUGGUUGGGGUCCGAAACUCCUAGGAAGGCCAGGUCCCCCUAUGUCGGAGUCAUCAAUUAAGUUUUAGAUGAGCUUCGUCCGAAGGUCACAUGAUUCGGUCGUACCAGGCCAAAGACCCGGGAAAGCGUCAUGUUGGAGUGGCUGAUAGUACCGGAUCCUGGAGGUAUGACCUCCAUAUAGAAUAACAACUGGUCAAUCUGCCGGGUUGGGCCCCUAAGUGUGACCCACGGGUUGUAGAGCAUAUGCCUGGUAUUUUCUUUGAAGACUGACAUCUUGGUCCUCUGGAGGCGGAGCACCGCCUGGACCGAAUAUUCCAUGAAAGACCAGAAACUGGGUUGACUGGGAGUGAGUCAGAUUCAAUAUGUCCAUGUGGAUGGCGAAAUCCAUGCGGGUUUCUCUCAUGUCCAGUUGAGGAAGAGAACCAAUCGUCCAUGCCGAGCACAACCCACACGUGUGGACGUAGGGCCCUCAUACCACCAUUUGAGCAGACACAUGCACAUUUGUGGCCUGCUGGAGGUCAUUUUUCAGGGCUCUGGCAGUGCUCCUCCUGUUCCUCCUUGCACAAAGGUGGAGGUAGCUGACGCAUUACAUGCAAAGCAAGAUUCAAGUUCAAGCCAUGAUUUGUCAUAACUGCGAUAUUUAUGGCUUACAGCUCAUGAAAAUCCCAAAUCCACAAUUUCCGUAAAUUAGAAUAUUGGGAAAAGGUGCAAAGGGUUUCUGAGCCUUUAAAUGGUCUCUCAGUCUGGUUCAGUAGGAAUCACAAUCAUGGGGAAGACUGCUGACCUGACAGUUGUGCAGAAAACCAUCAUUGACACCCUCCAUAAGGAGGGAAAGCCUCAAAAUGUAAUUGCGAAGGAAGUUGGAUGUUCCCAAAAUGCUGUAUCAAAGUUAUGUGGAAGGGAAAAGUGUGGAAGAAAAAGGUGCACAAGCAGCUGGGAUGACCGCAGCCUGAAGAGGAUUGUCAGGAAAAGGCCAUUCAAAUGUGUUGGGGACUUUCACAAGGAGUGGACUGAGGCUGGAGUGAGUGCAUCAAGAGCCACCACACACAGAUGGAUCCUGGACAUGGGCUUCAGAUGUCGUGUUCCUCUUGUCAAUCCGCUCCUGAACAACAAACAACGUCAGAAGCGUCUUACCUGGGCUAAAGAAAAACAGACCUGGUCUGAUGAGAGCAACUUUUGCAUUUCAUUUGGAAACAAAGGACCUAGAGUCUGGAGGAAGAAUGGAGAGGCACACACUGCAAGAUGCUUGAAGUCCAGUGUGACGUUUCCACAGUCUAUGUUGAUUUGGGAAGCCAUGUCAUCUGCUGGUGUUGGUCCACUGUGCUUCAUUAAGUCCAGGGUCAAUGCGGACGUCUACCAGGAGAUUUUGGAGCACUUCUUGGUUCCUUUCGCAGAUGAGGAGCUUUAUGGGGAUGCUGACUUCAUUUUCCAGCAGGACUUGGCACCUGCCCACACUGCCAAAUGCACCAAAGCCAGGUUCAAUGACCGUGGGAUUACUGUGCUUUAUUGGCCAGCAAACUCGCCUGACCUGAACCCCAUAGAGAAUUUAUGGGGCAUUGCCAAGAAAAAGAUGAGACAUGAGACCUAACAAUGCAGAAGAGCUGAAGGCUGCUAUUGAAGCAUCCUGGUCUUCCAUAACACCUCAGCAGUGCCACAGGCUGAUAGCUUCCAUGCCACGCCGCAUUGAAGCAGUAAUUGCUGCAAAAGGGCCCAAACCAAGUACUGAGUCCAUAUGCAUGCUUAUACUUUUCAGAGGUCCGAUAUUGUUCUAUGUACACUCCUUGUUUUAUUGAUUGCAUGUAAUAUUCUAAUUUACUGAGAUUGUGGAUUUGGGGUUUUCAUGAGCUGCAUUUCUGAAAUAAAUGAACUUUUGCACGAUAUUCACAUUUUUCCAGUAUCAUCUGUAUUUAACCCUGUCACUUUCCAAGACACCAUAAAACCUGUACAUAGGGGGGUACUAUUUUACUUGGGAGACUUCGCUAAACACAUAUUAGUGUUUCAAAACAGUAAAAUGUAUUACAACGAUGAUCUCAUCAGUGAAAGUGACGCACAAACGGUACUUACACUGACGAUAUUGUUGUGAUACAUUUUACUGUUUUGAAACACUAAUAUUUGUGUUCAGCUAAGUCUCCUGAGUAUAACAGUACCCCUCAUGUUUUCAAAAGUUACAGGGUCAAAUAUAGCAUGUUAAAUUUUUCACACUGAAAUUCGCCAGAUUGGUUACCUUGCCUCUGAGACCGUAUGGUAGCCCAGGAAUGAAAAUUACCCCCAUAAUGGCAUACCAUUUGCAAAAGUAGACAACUCAAGGUAUUGCAAAUGGGGUAUGUCCAGUCUUUUUUAGUAGCCACUCACGCAGAAACUCUAGCCAAAAUUGGCAUUCAAAUUAGUUUGUUUUUUUUACAUUUUUCACACACAAACAAAUAUGAAUGCUAACUUUGGCCAGUGUUUGUGACUAAGUGGCUUCUAAAAAAGACUGGACAUACCCCAUUUGCAAUACCUUGGGUUUUCUACUUUUGCAAAUGGUAUGCCAUCAUGUUUGUUUUUUUUCUCAUUCCUGGGCUACCAUACGGUUUCAAAGGCAAUGUAACCAAUCUGGCGAAUUUCAAUCUGAAAAAACAAACAUGUAACAUGCUACAUUUGACCCUGUAACUUCCCAAAACACCAUAAAACACGUACAUAGGGGGGUACAGUUUUACACGUGCGACAUUUCUGAAUACUAAUGUGUAUUUUAUUCCAGUAAAAGCAAACAGUAUUAUGACAUUCACAGUUCAAAUGUCAUGCAGAACUAAAAAAAUUAACAUUUAUUAAUUUCUAACUUUUUUAAUAUAUUUUAUUCAUAUUAAAUUAUAUUUCUUAGCAAAAUAUAUGAUGUUUAAUUAAAGCCCUAUUUCUCCUGAAUAAAAUGAUAUAUAAUAAGUGUGGGUGCCCUUAAUAUGAAAGAGGUGAAUAACGGUUGAACAGACAUACAGGCAAAUUCCAAGUUUUGUUUACGUUUUAUUUUGAUCAAAACGUGUACUUUUGCCUCAGUCCUUAGGGGGUUAAUGUAUCCUUCCUGGUAAAAUAUAUUUUAUAAAUAAAGUAAGUAAUAAAUAACUGUUUGGCUUUCAAAGUCUCUAAACACACUGUGCAAUAAGGGGAGCUAAGCUAUUUUACAGAAAGUGGAUAGGAAGACAGCGAGAGUAAGUCACUGUCAGGGGAGAUGUGGCUGGGGCUGCAUAAACAGAAAAAAAGCGAUUUAAUUCUUAAAUGGCAAAGAAGUGAGCAGUGUGACUGCAGGGGCAUUCUCUAUACACCCAAAUCAUUUCAUUAAGCUAAAGUGUUGGUGAUUGUGUCCCUGUAAGUUGUGAAAACCCUGAACAAAACAUACAUUGGACAAUACGAGUCAAAAACCAUUAAUCAGACUGAAAUACAAAAAAAUAAAAUAAACAACCACCGCAAAGAAUAUGAAUCAUAUGACCUGUAAUAGCACACCAGACUGUUAAUAAUAAGCUGGGAAUAUAUAAUAAGCAAUAAUAUCACACCUGAACUGGAACGAUGAUUAAAAAGUUACUAAAACUGAAAAACUAUUUUAAUCUUGUUUUAGGCUGGUUAAUGACACCCCAAUGAAGCUGCCGCAGAUCGAGUAACACCUUCGGGAUUAAGGGACUUUAACACUGUAUAUGAAACGCUACGUAUACAGACUCCAAGCACCAUGACCACUUCAAAUCUCUGAAAUUGUCAUGGUGAUUAAAGUAGCCCCUUCAAUAAUGCUCAUUUAUAUAUUUCUAGCUUUUUAUCAACAAACGUCAAUAAUUUCACACUAUAUGCUUUAGUAGUGGUUAUUACUAGACUAAUGCAAAAAAAACAUAUGAAGUGAUUUGUCAAAAAACAAUGUAAAAUGUUUGUUAAUUAAUAUAUUUAAAACUUUCAAUAAAAACUAUUUGACUAGAAUACCAUUCCUCUUAAUCCUCACCUGUAGACUCCACAGGUAAAACGAUUCGGAAUUGAUUCAUUUGACAAUUAUUAGGAAUUUUAUUUGGGAUUGCGUAAUAAAAUAUUUUGCACAUAUCUAAAUAGAACAAAUAUUUCUUCCAUCCAAUGCCACUCUCAUGGCCUGGCAAUUAUUGUCCCAUCGAUGCUAAUGGAUUUCUUCUCUUCUCAUAGUGAAGGCCACAAUUUUGAAUAUCUGGAGGAGGUCCCUGCUGGAAUUCUUCCUAAUUUAGAGGAAAGCACAGGAUUGAAGGCACAAGACACAGGCCUGUUUGUUCUCGUAAUGGAAUAUGGGAAGAAUUUUUCUGGACCAGAUAAAGACGUGUUCUAUUACAACCGAGCUAUUGGGGAGGCCAUGGCAGCAUGGCGGUCUAAUUUCUUGCAUCCAGUCAUAUAUUACUACAAGCAGUUACCAACAGGUAAUACUCCUUACAUAUUGAAUGUACGAAAUUAUAAUUCCAGACUUAUUCCUGGAGGAUAUUUGUGUCCAAAACACAAUAUCUACACUUUCUUAAGAUAAUGAAGCGGAAACAAACCUAUGACUGAAUCUUAACAAUGUGUAGAGCAGCCGCUGUGUCCCAACACAUUCUCACUGUCGUCUUUGUAUUGUGUUUUUGUUUAUUAAAGACUUUAAAUUGACAUCUAAAUCCAGUUCAGGCCUGGCACAGCCAGGGCACGCAUUGCAUUGGAAGUGAAAUAGAAAUAUUGUUCUUCUUCUUUUCUUUAUGCUGAUUGACAGCUGUAAAGGGUGGUGCUGUAAGAAUGAUUGACAAGGAGCUAAGAUGGAGAUACCCAUAUAAACCUUUGUACAUCUAGGACUGAUUUGGGGGAUUAUACAGUUUAUUUUUCUUUUAUUCUUGUUCAGUACUGUAAUCCUCCUCUAUGGCUGGUAUACUUUUUAGCUGUGGAUCUGUAUUUUUUUUUACCUACACUAAUGUGGUUACAUUAGCAUUUAUCCAAUAGCCGGUAACUGUAUUGUCAAUGAUGGGCAAACAAUAAACCUCAUUUUUGUCUUAUUGAAGGAAUUGAUACAACAAAUUAAAUUAUGCUGGUUGUGAUGCAUCAACUCUCUGUCAAGUGUGAUCGUUACCUUGCUUUUCACCGAUCAUCAUUUACAUUUUCAACAUAUUUAUUGGAGAAUGUGACAGAUGUUUUGCUUUUUGCUCUCUGUGGCUGGUAAUAAUGUACUGUUUCAUUAUUAUUUUAUAAAGUGCAUGUAACCGGAUUGGGAUGCCCGCUCCCGUACUUAAGAUCUAGACCUGAACCAGCUACUUAGUCUAACUGUACUCUGUGCCACCAGGGACACUUCUCAGCCAAUUAGUACCCAGCACUGUCCACCAAGCAGCCUGAGCUUCUUCAGCUGAAUCUCACAACCGUCAGCCACACGUGGGACGAGGUUGAUACAUAGCUCUGCUAAAGAGCAUACAAAGGGGAGUUCUCUGUAAUGGACAGGGGCUUCUUAAAUCUGAAUGUACCUUCAAACAGCACUCCCCCUAACCUUUGUGACUUUACAGCCAGGCUCCUGUGCGUCACAGGUGGGGAGUUUGCCCGGGGAUCGCCAAUGAAGCUUCAGGAUGUAUGUUUAGAUCACAAUAUUUUUUAUAUGAAUUAAAAUUAAAUCAUUAUCUGCUCAGAUUAAAAUUUUUGCAACAGAACACUAUCUGACACUAUUUGUUUCACCAUCUUUUCUGUAACAGAGAAGCAGAUGAAAUUGCGUCCUGAGAACUGGCCUCUCCCACGGCCUGACCGGAUACACCAUGUGGUUGAGGAUUUCCUUACAGACUGGACAAGACUAAAUUCACACAUCCUGCCACUUCGCCGCUUCCUUGAAAACUGUUUACAGAUGGACCUCAGGACUUUUUUUGCAGGUAGGUGGAAGGGUAACAAUAGUAAGACAGAAGUGAGAGAGCAAGGAGUAUCAGAGCACUUAGACUUUACUUUGUAUUAUCUGAUAAAGAGUUUAUGGCCUACAGAUUGUUUGUUUUUCACCUGAAACAACAAUUCAAUAUGAAUUCCUUAAACAUGAGUGGCAAAUCUAAUCCAAUAAACUGAAAAAAUAUAGAAAAAUGUAGAAAGAUGAUGAAAGAAAUAACAACCAUGACAGUUGUCAUGGUCCUGGGGAGGCCGGACUGCUCAGGGAGUCCCGGGACCCACAUUUCCUGCUGAGGUGCCAAGCACCCUCGAGCCUUUUCACUUCCCAGCAGCUCCUCUCACUGUCUCUCUAACUCUAGUGAGCCAUGCAGCUGUCAAAGCGGUGCCACCGGUUACCAUGGCAAUGCUCUGUGGGCCGCAGGCAAGGCCCGUGAGAGUUACAGAGACAGAGAGGAGCUGCUGGGAACUGAAGACGCCAGAGUGUGCUGGGGUCCCUCUACAGUGUACAGCUCCUGACACUCUCCCCGGACCACCAGGGUAUUCAAUGCCCCCCCUCUCUGGUUAUAGGUAAGAAGCAGGGAGGGGGCAAUACACUUAAUGAAAAUAAAUGUAAACAAAAGAUGCUUUCCUCCCUCAUAAUGCAUAACCUGUUUUACACAACAUUUACACACACUCUGCAUUCACUAUACACACACUACAUCCACUACACAAACACACUCUGCAUUUACUAUACACUCACUGCAUGUAAUACACACAAAUGCUACAUUCAUUACACAAAUACAUACUCUGCAUCCACUACACCAAUACACAAAAACAAACUCUGCAUUCACUACACAAACACACACACUGCAUCCACUACACAAACACACUCCCAGCAUUCUCUACAUACAAGCACUGAACUACACACACACACACACACACUCUGCAUUUACAAUACACACACUACAUCUACUACGCACACCCUUAUUCUGCACCACUGCACACAGACCCUGCACCACUACAAACAGACCCUGCAUCUAUUAUACACAAUCACUGCAUCCAGUACACAUACACACUGCAUUCACUAUGUACACACUACACCGCCUACACAAACACACACUGCAUCUAAUACACAUAAACACUACAUCCAUUACAAAAACAUACAACCUUCAUCUGCUAUACACUGCAUCAGUAAUACACACUGUAUCUAUUACACACACCGCAUCCACUUUACACAUUCUAUAUCCACUAUACAUACACCACAUUCGGAACACACACACUGUGUCCUUGUGGCCGAACUGAGGGUGGGCCCUGUGGGCGGACUCAGGAGUGGGCCCUAGGGGCCGAGACCUUGAGCUGUGUCAGUGGCCCCAACAUUUCUGAUGACAGUCCUGCAUGCAGAUAAAAAUUUUUUCAAAAUUACCUUGGUGAUAUAGCGUUUUGUCAUUGGCACGUCUCUUUACUUGGAUUUGCUUCCUUCCCCACUUGUUAAAAUUAAAAAAUAAAUACUUUUUUUUCCAUAAUGCAUUUUUUUAUGGAAGAUCAAUUGUACCCAUUAUCUUUUAGAUCAUUGGUGUCCAAACUUUUGGCCUACCAGGACCACAUUUUGCAAAGAGGAAUUUUCUUGGGCCCCACAUAAAAUAUAUUAUUAAUAUAUAUCAUUAAACUUCAAAAGUUUUUUCUUAAUUUUGAUAUUUAAUUUGUUUAGUAAAUAACCUUAUUAAAAUAUAUGGCAAGGCCAUAUUUAGGGAUACCAAAUUAGGGAGCUAUCUACUAAGCACAUGUCUAUACAGUGAGGGGGGAAAGUAUUUGAUCCCAUUCUGAUUUUGAACGUUUGCCCUCUGACAAAGAAAUGAUCAGUCUAUACUUUUUGAUGGUAGGUGUAUUUUAACAGUGGGAGACAGAAUAACAAAAAAUCCAGAAAAACGCAUGUCAAAAAAGUUAUAAAUUGAUUUGCAUGUCAAUGAGUGAAAUUAGUAUUUGAUUCCCUAUCAAUCAGCAAGAUUUCUGGCUCCCGGCUGUCUUUUAUACAGGUACAAAACUGAGAUUAGGAGCACUCUCUCUUAAAGGGAGUGCUCCUAAUUUCAACUUGUUACCUGUAUAAAAGAUACCUGUCCACAGAAGCAAUCAAUCAGAUUCCAAACUCUCCACCAUGGCCAAGACCCAAGAGCUAUCCAAGUAUGUCAUGGACAAGAUUGUAGACCUACACAGGGCUGAAAUGUGCUGCAAGACCAUCGCCAAGCAGCUUGAUGGUGACAACAGCUGGUGCGAUAAUUCGCAAAUGGAAGAAACACAAAAUAACAAUCAGUCUCCCUCGGUCUGGUACUCCAUGCAAGAUCUUACCUCGUGGAGUUUCAGUGAUCAUGAAAACUGUGAGGAAUCAGCCCAGAAUUACACGAGAGGAUCUUGUUAAUGAUAUCAAGGCAGCUGGGACCAUAGUCACCAAGAAAACAAUUGGUAACACAUUACACUGUGAAGGUCUGAAAUCCUGCAGCACCCGCAAGGUCCUCCUGCUCAAGAAAGCUCAUGUACAGGCCCAUCUGAAGUUUGCCAAUGAACAUCUGAAUGAUUCAGAGGAGAACUGGGUGAAAGUGUUGUGGUCAGAUGAGACCAAAAUUAAGCUCUUCACCAUCCCACCAUCAAGCAUGGAGGUGGAAACCCCCGUUUUGGGGGUGUUUUUCUGCUAAGUAAGCAGGACAACUGCACCGCAUCAGAAGGACGAUGGACGGGGCUAUACAUGGUAAAAUCUGGGGGUGAGAACCUCCUUCCCUGAGCCAGGGCUUCGAAAAUUGGUCGUGGAUGGGUAUUCCAGCAUGACAAUGACCCAAAACACACAGCCAAGACAACAAAGGAGUGACUCAAGAAGAAGCACAUUAAGGUCCUGAGGUGGCCGAGCUAGUCUGCAGACCUUAAUCCCAUAGAAAAUUUUGUGGAGGGAGCUGAAGGUUCAAGUUGCCAAAUGUCAGCCUCGAAACCUUAAAGGGACACUCUCUAGUCACCAGAACAACUACAUCUUAUUAAAUUUGUUCUGGUGAGUAGAAUCAUUACCUUCAGGCUUUUUGCUGUAAACACAGUCUUUUCAGAGAAAAUGCAGUGUUUACAUUACAGCCUCGCAAUAACUUCACUGGCCACUCCUCAGGUGGCUGUUAGAGAUCAUUCCUGGGUCAUGGCUUUCUAAAAUGCAUCCAAACAUUCAGUGUCUCCUCCCUCUGCAUGCAGACACUGAACUUUACUCAUAGAGAUUCAUUGAUUCAAUUAAUCUCUCUCUGAGGAGAUGCUGAUUGGCCAGGGCUGUGUUUGAAUUGUGCUGGCUCUGCUCCUGAUAUGCCUCUUUGUCAGUCUCAGCCAAUCCUAUGGGGAAGCAUUGCGAGUGGAUCAGGCUACCACUUCUGCUGAUGUCAGCAGGCAGUGGGCAGGUCUAAAGGAAACAGUGACAAAGUAAGCAGCUCCAGACUUGAAUAAAAGUAAGAUUUCUAUAUUUAGGGAAGCAUGGGGCUAGAUGGUGGUUUUAACCCUAUAGGGUCAGGAAUACAGGUUUGUGUUCUUGGCCCUAUAGUGCUCCUUAAUGACUUUGAGUGGAUCUGCAAAGAGGAGUGGGACAAAAUCCCUUCUGAGAUGUGUACAAACCCGGUGGCCAACUACAAGAAACGUCUGACCUCUGUGAUUGCCACCAUGUACUAAGUCGAUGGGGUUAAAUACCUAUUUUUUGCUGUUUUCUGACCUCACCCUUCCUUGUACUAUAGGGCACUUUUAACAUUGGACAUAUUGAGCGCUCAGAUCCAAGCUAUCUGGGGAUAUGUUGGACAUAUAGGUUAAACAUUAUAUUAUAAGAGAUGUAUUUUUAUGUGGUUUUUGACUUGGUGAUAUUUCCUAUUAAUGGAGAUAAUUAAGUUACCAUAGCCACUUAAAUUGCCACACAGCCACACUCUUUGACCAUUGACCUGCAGAUCAAUUCAGAACUCUUUUUUUGACAUAGGUUUUUCUGUUUUUUUAUUUUUUUAUUCUCUCAGUUAAAAUACACCUACCUUUAAAAUUAUAGACUGAUCAUUUCUUUGUCAGUGGACAAACGUUCAGAAUCAGCAGGGGGUCAAAUAUUUUUUUUCCACCUUACUGUACAUAUACACACAAUCACAGAUAUAUACACUCACAUAUAAUCACAGACCUAUACACACACAGACAUACAGUCACACAGACAUAUGCGCACAUACGCGCACAAACACAAUCAGACACACAAUUACCUAUACACAUAAUUACUGUCAUACACACACAUUAUUUAAGUAAGAGGUCUACCCAGCCUUCCUACCUUGCUCUGGGAGGGCUGGAGUGAAUACUCUCCCUGGUGGCCAGUGGUUGCUGCUGUGAUGGAUCCAUGUGCUCUUCCUGCACAGGUCACUCAGACGCCCAGUAGUGAUGCCGAUUCUAUUAUUACGUCCUAUCCCAUUUGCCAGCUUACUGCAGGGUGUGCGAGGGAGCUGUGCAAAAAAAGUAAUGAGCACUCUGCCUCCCUCGCCAUCCAUCAGCCCGAACAGCAACUGGACCAAUACAAGCUGUUCAGGGCUGCAUGCGAGCCGGGGGUUGGACGCGCCUGUUUUAGAUUGUAAGCUCAUUUGAGCAGGUACCUCGCCACGUCUGCGGGUUCUAUACAACAAUGAUAAUAAAGUCUGUGUUUCUUUGUGCAGAAUCCUGCUUCCUCUUCACGUUGACACACCAGAAGUUGCCCAUUUACUGCCAGCAGGGAUACUUGCAGAACCGUGGCCUUGUUGGCACUGAACAUCUCAGACAGCAUUCUAUAGAUGCUGGCCUCAUGGAAAAUUUCAGUGGACACAUUCAAAGGACAGCUGGUGACCAGUUACAAAGGACCAGCGGCAGCAAAAGAGACGAACUCUAA